GGUUUUUUUAAACCGCGCCAAAGGAGAGCAGUCUCAGGUAUGUUUUUAAUUUGCUUACUAAAGAAUAAAAAUAUUUAUUCAAUUAUUCUGAUUUGUUUAUUUUUUGUGUAUUUGCUUGUUCAAUGCUUGUGUCGAUCGGGGCCUUUUAACUGAGAUUCCGAGAUGUGAAUUUCAUCCGGGAUAUUCAUGUCAAUAGUUUCCCUGCUAGCACUGAGGCCUCUUUUUCCUCGUAUUCGGCGGGAAAAGAGGCUCUGCUAACAGACAAGUGCCUAGUAUAUUUUACAGUUUCAAAAUUCGCAACUUGCAUGCACAUGUCCCAUAAUACAACUUUGUUUGCCCCACAAAAGUUUGCUUAGGUAUUGUCCUCAAUUUCUCGUGGAACGACUGUAACAGUGGAGAAAUAAUAAUAAUUAAAAAAAAAGGUUAUGCCAAAUUUGGGGGGAGGGAAAGCAAGGUGUAAUUUAAGAGAUGUGCCAAUGGUGAAUUCUCUAUUUUUGAAUCUAAUAGUUACACAUGUACACAUGUACACAUUUCAGAAAUUAAAAUUGGGGGGGCGCAAACAGAGUGUACGUAUUAUAGGGGACUCGAAAAUAGCCAAUGCACAUGACUAAUUGCUGUGGCUUUUAUCAUCUGCAGUUAAGUUCAUGGAUAUGCGUAUUAGAAGCGAAGGCUGCGACGACCCAGGAAAAACUACAGACACUUGUGGCAUUGCUUACCUGUACGUUAAUGGCGUGAAUCACUCUCUUCGUAAAAGAGGGUUUAACAUCGUCGUUGCAGAUACCAAAACAGGUGAAAUAAGACUAAGACAUCCAUUAACGACGAUUAAUGCCCCUCCCCAGUACAUUGAAACUGUAGGCUUGAGAAAGUUCACGUGUGUGAAAUAAUCUAUGUAAACAAAGAAUUACUGCUCACUUUAAAAGUGUUGGAAUCUUAAUAACGUGCUUCCAAACACUGCAAAUAGAAGAGAGCAGUGUACACGACGGUUAAAUGAAAAUAAGGGUUAUACACUGAACCGGCUUCACGGAAGCCAGAAUGCUUUUUAAUUUGUGAUUUUGACAAAAAUUAGAAGGCUCCUGAAAGCAGCUUCAAAUAUAGUCAUGAUCCUAACCAAGAGGUACUUGACCAAUAUUUAGGUAUAAGUGAGGCACUGAAGGCUUGAAACCCUGACCCUGUUUAGGACAAAACAAAAUCCUAAAAUACAUACCCUAUUUGGGACAACACCCUCAAUUGAAAAUGAAGAAAUGUUCGUCGCAGUGAACGCAAUUUAUGCAAUUGCGUAAAGAAGCCUGAAAGAAAUUCAGGACUUCAACAGGGUUUGAACCCGUGACCUCGCGAUACCGGUGCGAUGCUCUACCAACUGAGCUAUGAAGCCACUGACGUUGGGAGCAGGUCAAUUGUUGGUUCAUAUGUUCCCGUGAAAGAAAUGAGUGUUAAUGAUAUAUGAAAUAAAUCAUAUAUGAACUGCGGAAAUGAAAUCAUUUUCAUUUCAUUUCCGCAGUUCAUAAAUACUAGGGAAGGAUCAAAGUGCGUAUAAAUAAAAUACGUGUAUCGCAGAACAUUGUAAAGCUUGGGGGAGGGUGGCCCGUAAAAUGUUAGGGAGGGGAGGGCUAUUGUCAUCCCCCCUCCCUCGCCUCGCCCCAUGUAAGGGAUCCAAGACAGUCUUGGCUUCAGGAAUGCAAGUUGUACAUCUCCGGAUUCCAGGUUCUAGAUUCCGGAUUCUUGGUCACUGGAGCUUGGAUUCCGGAUCUAAUCGUUAGUGGGGUUCCGAAUUCCUCUUGAGCUGUUUUCCGAAUUCCAAAGAUUAGGAUUCCAAAACUCAAUUUUGCGGAUUGCGAAUAUACCAAAUGCAAAAAUUUCCCUCUUUCCAGAAUCCCGAUUCUCUUACAAGGGGCGGCCUAUUCUUCACAACCAGCAUUAGCUGACCAAACAUGGAGGAAACGGGAUGUGGUAUCACUACAUGUUAAAAUUAUCUAUUUUAACAUAUUCACCGUUUUCCUGAACAGGUGCAGUCAUUGAUAAAAAGGCGUUUGAUACUUCUGCUGAUGCUGGCUCUGGUGAAAAACUGAGAGAUUAUCUCAACACCAUAACUGGGGAGUAAGUGCCAGUCUCCUUAGUUAUUACUUUGCGUACCGAAAGGACAGCAAUUUUGACAUUUUUAAUAUUAACUCAUUUGAAGGCAAAUAGGGAUUUUUUGUGUGGUUUGACCGCCCCUCGAGACAAACGAAUGAAUGUGAAAUAUUACACUUUUUGAGACAUGCAUUUGAGAAUAUGCUGUUGUUCUUUAUGAGGACAAACUUAAUUAAAGCAAGGGGCACACAUACACCAAUCCACGGCCUGGGCGUGGAGCUGCCGCUUCAAGGAGUGCUUUUCACUCGCCUCUGCAGCAAGCGGGUCUUUGAGACACGGGUUUCUCCCGUCCAUUGAACCGACGGUUUUGUCAUCUGAUAAACCUCAAUAAGGGCGAUACAGCUGUCCAUGGCUGCCACUGCCCGUGUGAAAUGGCUGUGCGCAUGCGUGGGUUGGUGUAUGUGUGCCUCUUGCUGUAAAUUUGUCUUACCGUUCUUUAUGACAUACGCCAUCUAUAUGAAAGGGUGUUUCUUGGUGUUGUUUUGUGGUGUGCCUGUGUAUUGUCCAGAGUCAGGUCUUUUUUAAUCUUUUGUAUUAAGUCAUUUGGUGAUUGCAACCAUCCUCAACACUGACCAAGAAAUUAUCAUUUCAACGCCAGUUGACGAAUGUUAAAAUAGAGAGUCCGUUGACCUGUAUCACAUGACCAUAUAUUGGGCUUAGAUGCGCUACACUACACACAGCAUGGUCAUUAAAGCUGCAGAAGCUAAGUGACACUUUAGGUAAAACCACAACAAUAACAACAACGACAACAACAGUCCUGUAUUCUUGAUACAAAAACCCAUAAGUAAGCAAAUUAAUUUAACGUUUAAUUUAACGAUAAAAAGCACAGUCUACCAGACUGAAGCCGAUGUUAGUCGCCCUACUGGAGUUAGAAUUUAGUUUGAUGGGUCUUUGUUGGCUUUUGCACAAGUUGUUUUGCAUUAACACCUGUCUGAAUGUUUGGUUGCUUUAAUAGUGACGCCAUUGUUUGCAAUUAUAAAUACAAGUUGCAUUCUUGAAUGAUGCAAAAUAUACAUUCUUGCGCUACUACAGGAAGGCUGUUCUGAUUGCCACCCAGGAUUCCGCUGUAAAUCACUGGCAGGCAGCGAGGGACUCUCUCAAGAAGCUGGGCGUUACUGAACCAAUCAUUAUGGAGCGCCGAAGUUCGUUUGCUUUUAUUGGAUAUGCUGGAGCACAGAAACCAUCAUGGAUCGCACAGGAGCAGCGAAAAAUAGCACAGGGACCCAGCGUGAUCAACUUGAGAAUUGCUGUUCAACACAGUCCACCGCGUAAGAAGAUAUGCGAUCAUCACAUAGAAUACCUAUGACCACCAAUCAAUCAAUCAAUCAAUCAUUCAAUCAAUCAAUCAUUAAAUGAAUCCAUCCAUCAAUCAAUCAAUUAAUCAAUAAUGCGAUUAUCACAUACAGACUGUGCCAGGCUUUCAGAUACAAGCCAAGCGGAAAUUAGAAGCGCGUGAUCCAGGGAAGGUGGCGGUGGUGCUUCAUCUCUUUCAUGCCUCCGCGCGUUGUUGGCAUCACUUUUCACGAUCUCUGCACAUUACUAUCUUGCAGCCCGAACACGCGCAGCGUUUUACGCGAACUACCAUUAAAUGAUGGGGAGAACGGGUCUAGUUCCUAACUGUUGAUACGUUUACCACCUUCACACUGAAAUACACUGUAGAUUACUUAGCAUGAGACUGAGGGUGGAUUCAUCCCGCUGGUUUUUUUUUCAUUAUUUUUAGGCUAUAACGCUUAUCCUUAAAAUCAAUCCGCCCUGAAUUGAAAUGAAUCUACGCAUAAUUUUAAAUUUUGUCGGCUAAAAGCAACUUUUUAUUCUGACAGAACCAAGUAUGAGUGUUUUUCUUCGAAGUGAAGGCUGCAGCGACCCCGGUAAAACAGGGUGUGGUAGAGGUUACAUUAAAGUAAAUAAUCAAGAAUACUCACUCUUCUCCAGAGGAGUCAACGUUGCUGUGUUUUCUUCAGAAGGUAUGUUACUGAAUUCGAACACCUAACCAUGGAAGCGCUAUUACAAUAGGGGAAAGAUUUCAUGUCCACUUAAUAAUGGGUCUAAGUGGAGUCCAAUUCGGUCUGCAGUCAUAAAGAGUGAUUAGCAAAACCGGACGACCACGUAGCGGAAGUCCGAUUUGUUUAAUCACAGACCUUACUAGCCUUUCUGCUAGAAACUGGAAAAGAAGAGAAGCCAUUCAAUUGUGCGUGCGUGAUGGUGCGUAUUCAGAGGCGCAUUGUUCUAUUACUCUGUACCGUUAGUGCCAAAAUCAGGGAUGUAGAUAGUCAAUCAGAUUAGAGAUGUUGUUAAAGUUAGGAUUAUGUAUGUUAAAAACCACCAAAAAAAGAAUAAUAAUCAUGAAUGAUUAGAGCUUGAUUAUCUUGCAAUCGAUACAGAGAAUACUGGCAGCUCAGCUCACUAUUACCCAAUGACGUGUUAUUUUCUGUGAGGCAAAUAUUCAUAAAGUAAUGCUCUUGUAAAGCUUGUGCCACCUGCGCAAGCAACGCGAGCAAUCCAAACCACUGUUGACUCGCGCCAGGGAUACUUUUGUUUUCAAUUGACAUCUGUUUCAAAUCGAAACUGCGAAAAAAUCAAAAAUUAUUGUAAGAAAUUAGUCAACAUCUCAGCAUUAAAUCCAUUACUUAGUCCGUUAUUGAUUGGUUAUUUGCUUUAAUUCUGUCCCUUGAAGGUGUGUUUUUAGAGACCAGAGCAUUUGACACUCAUUCAUUGCAUAACGCUGGCUUAAGUGGCGCAGCCUACCUGAAUAAGCUGUCAGGAGAGUAAGUAUUCGAUCAAUGAUUCAUACAACGGUACUAAAACUGAGUCGAGUGCAACUUGUAUAGGUAAUCACAUGAUUUCGAGUGCAAUUUGGAAUAAACAAGCACGAGGGAAUUCUUCAAAGACCAAUAAAAGUGCACGAGCCCGUAGAAAUUACAAACCUUCUGUGGGCAGUGGUAUAAAAUUCAAAAUAAUCAUAAUGAUUACUGUUGAGGUCAUUAACACCAUGAAUAGUCUUGUAGCACUUUAGCAAAGAUAGAUAAGUCCUCCUUGAUUGACGACUGGACCACCCAAGAAUUGUGACCAGAGGGACAGCAUAUUCCAGAAUGGGUAUAACCAAGGCAUUGCACAGGCGAGAAAAGACUUCCUUGUUCCCUGGACCAACAUUCCGUUCAAGGAAACCCACAAUCUUGUUGGCUUUAUUUACAACUUUCUGCGUUUCGGUGUUCCAGGAUAGAUUAGAAGUCAAGGAGAACCCCAAAUCAACCGUUUCGGUGACAGACUGAAGAGUACAACAACCAGAGAGCUUGUAAGGAUAGCUAGCAUGGAUAACACGCAGAACCUCACAUUUGUCAGGGUGAAAACGAAGUUGCCAACUUUCAGUCCAUUUCUACUGUAGCGUGUUGAGGUCACAUUGAAGUUGUUUCUCGUAAUUUUCAUCGUAAAUGUCUUCUUUACUGAUACUUAUUAUUGUUAAUUGAACAAGCACGCAGCGCAAGUUCGAUUUGAACAAAUUGUCUUUGGUGUAGGCCGGACUGAAGUUAAUUUAACUUUGACACUGAUUAGAUUUGGUAUCAGUAAAAAUGACAUUUGCAAGUUGUGCAAUCUAAUAACAGGUUACACACCGAUUGCAUUAUCAUCUCGGUUCCAGCUGAGAUGAGAAGCUGCUCAGUUUAAUUUCCGUAGGUAUAUUUUAAGAUGCUGAUGUUUAUCAUAUAACUAUUUUUUACAUUUGAAAAUUUUGCCAUUAAGGAAGAUUGUCCUCGUCUCGUUCCAAGACGAAGCGUCUGUUCGCGGUGCACCAGUGAUUGCUGCACUUAAAAGACUGGGCGCAAUGGAUCCGAUCGUUUUGGACUACCGCGGUUCUUUUGCUCUAGCUGGGUAUGCUGGCUCAUAUCUGCCCUCGUGGGUAAGUCAAGCCCAAGCCAAAAGAGCACUGGGACCGAGUAUAGUGACGACUGUGAUAGAUCCAGGUAACUUGUUUUGCUUUUUACUCCGUUCAAUCUAAUACUAGCGGAGCUCUAGUCAAUUGACAUCUGUCAAGAAGAGUAUCCGCUGACCAGUGUCAUCUGACUUUAUCGCAGGCUCAGAUGUACAAGUCAUAGAGGUGACGUAUUUUUUGAAGUUCUUCGCUGCUCAGUUAAUGGUUUUAAAUUGAUUGCAGGCUCAGGUCAAUUUAGUUUGCUUCUUCCUUAAGGCGAACGUUCGAUAACUGAUCAAGAAAGAUCCUACGAGAGCUUCGCUUUUGGCGUUGGCUAAAUCUAUAUAUCAGCCUAUGUUAAGGAUGAAUGGUGGAGUAAGAAAUGGAGCUUUUUACUCUGCUAUCAUCUAUUUGCGGAACUUAAGCAAUACUCAGGUAAAUUAAGGCAUGGGCCUCAAUUUUCCUUAAUUUGCUCUCUUCAAAAGUGAGGGGGUGGUCUAUAUCUAAGAGCUUUAGAUGAAGAGACAUAAAACUUUGCCAGCUAACCACAUGUUUAGUUUGUGUCAAUUUUAAGCUAUAAAAUUAUGCAAAUUAGGUCACGUGACCUCCAUCGGCUGAGAAAGUUUGUUCUUCAAACGGCAACACUUUUUCGUGUGUCUUCAAUUAUUUUACCGGUUGCUUAAUGUUAAUGCCGUUUAAUGUAUCACUUCUGUGCUUAGCCUUUUUUAGAGAUUUAAAAUCGAAGGCGUUAAGAUGGGAUACAAUUGCUUUGGGGGACUGGGUCUAGUUGAAAAAGCCGUUUAUUUUCUAAAACAGUAAAAAAUUCAAAAAAGGCCAAGCACAGUCUUGUAGAUGCUUGCAUUACACAUUGUCCUAAACCAGUCCGGUUUAAUAACUCACAACAAAAAGUGUUGCCAUUUUUGUUUAAAGACUUUUUAUUGUUUUCUGGCCGUGUGGAGUCACGUGACAACAUUUGCAUAAUUGAACAUGACCUAAUUGACAGAAACCACACAUGUAUGUAUCUGGCAAAGUCUCAUCUUCCUACUGCUUACGUGCUCAGAGAUAGACCACCCCCCAUCACUUUUUUACUGAAUCAUUGGAGACCCAUGCCUUAAUUUACCUGAGUACGGCAGGUGACGGAAGCGAAAAAGCCACUUGAACUCGCAUCGUUACACUCACCACUAUUACUCCAACUCGCUUGAUUUAAGUUUUAAGAACCCCAUUUUAGUUCAGUACAAGAAUUGUGCCCGCCCUUCAAUCAGGGAUGGAUUGACCUCCGGCUUGUUAUUACAACACAGGUGACUUCAAUAAAAUGUCAAAAAUGCGUGCUGGCUAAGCGUGAUUUCCAAAACCUUUUUAUAGUAUAUAUUUACUUACCUUUUUUUACAAAACAUAGUUCUAUGAACUGAGUUUGUAAAUUAAUUUGUCCAUAGUACAGAAUUUUAAUUGCCUCCACAAAAGUUUUGUUAGCCUGCAGUAUAUAUAGCCCCCAUCACGCUCAGCGGGGAACAGGUUGUACACAGCGCAGGCUCAGUUUUGUAUUCCAGCAUCACAUCUCCUUUAAAAAGAUAAAAUCCUUUAUCACUGACUCGCCCCAUGUAAGGGAAUCUAAGACAGUCUUACAUUCCGGAUUUCACGCCUUAGAUUCCGGAUUCCAGGUACUGUAUUCCAGAUUUUUUCUCAGUGAAACUUGGCCCCUGAUUCCAAUAGUCAGUGGGAUUCCAAAGCUGCAUUCCAAAGUCCAGGAUUCUGGUUCCCCGCUAGAAGACGUCUCACAUUGCGAGAGAGACUUCUGCUAGAAGGAAAGGAUUUCGUAUGAUUCCACUAGCAAAAAUAGCGUACAGUAGAUUCUGGAUUCUACAAGCAAAAAUUCCCAGCUACCUUAAUUCAUAUGGGAUGAACUGACCACAUUCAGUUUUCCUUUUCAGUUGGCGUGUUAGAUAUUCAUGUUCGCAGUGAAGGCUGUGACGACCCUGGCAAAGCCCCUGGUACAUGUGGCAUUGCCUACAUCAAGGUUAAUGGGGUGGAUCAUUCACUUCACAGAAGAGGACACAAUGUUGUUAUAGUGGAUGCCAAGACAGGUACAAUUAGCUUUUUUCACAUCUCACUUUCUUUUUUUAAAAUUUCCUUUAAAAUCUGAUUUCAAUCGACCGUAUAAUGCACCAAUCAUGGUUGGAGUCCAAGGAGCACAACGAAAACCAAUUUGAGAAUAUUUUAACAAAUUUGUAUAUGUUUCAUUGGUAAAGAGAAAUAGUGACUGGAUGUUCUGAAAAUAGAAAUUAUUUUCAGGAUAAUAUAGUGUAUUAAAUUGUAAAGUCCCCCUUAGCCUUUCAGCUUUAAAAAUAAAUUCAACCUCAAUGACCCCUUAAAAGGUGUUGAAAAAUUUAGGUUUCUCACUUACAAAGAGACAGAAACUAGGGAGUGUAAGUAAGGACGUUUUAGAGCGACGCUAGUCAACCGGAAGUGAGCGUUUUUCCCUUUAAAUAUGCCUUGACGCUACCAAAUUUGUAUUGCUAAGUGUCUUCACUCUUAUAGAAACGAUUAGCCCAAAGACUUGUUCAAAAGCACGGCUCAAGAGUGCAAAAACGUCCACACUUCCGGUUGACUUCCGUUGUUCAAAAAUGUCGUUGCUUAAACUCCCUAAUAACUCCAUUUCUAUUGCUCAUCGGACUGAAUUUCCUUACAAUUACGCAAUUUCGCUGUUUUUAAAUGCCUUAUAAUGCAUCAGAUCUCGUUACUGCAAUCGGCUGUUGACAAAUUUUAGUAAAUUGGCCUAAGCAACUUAGCUUAAAAAAAAAAACUAAUUCAACGUUUUAAGAUAGAAUCUAAUUCACCUUGUUACCCCUCCCCCCCCAAAAAAAGAAAAAACGCACAUCCAUUUCCUUCAAUUUAAUUUCUCUUGCGGCGACAGUAAUACCCAGCAGAAAUUGGAAAGAGUGGUUAUGCAAAAGCUUGGGGCGUAAACAAGAUGCAUUAAUGGUGCAUCAGUUAAAAAGGAAAGUAACUUGUGGUUUUUUUUAUCUCCCUCACAAAAUCGGAUCAAAGCUUUUACUAAACUAUCGACUGCCAAAAUAAUAAAAUUUACUGUCCUUCGCUUCAUGAGCAAUCUUGACAGCAGCCAAUAUGCUUUGUGCUUAGGUCGAGUGGAUGGAAAAGCUCAUUUUGAUACUCAUGCUGAUGGCACCGCAGGAACCAGGCUGGCAGCACAUCUCGACGCCAUACGUGGACAGUACGUAACACAAGUUAUCGAUUACUAAGUAGUUAAUGGUUUGGGUAGCUUUGGAUCUAAUGGUUUUUUCUAGGAAAACUGUUACCUGGGCGUAACUUCGGCCCAGAGACACUGGAAGACCUCAUCAUCCUUGAUUAAAGUAUAUCAUGUGAGGUCUCGCGACAAUUUCGACAAAUUAUUUCACCGAUUCAUCCACCACCACCACCACUACAUUUCCAAUAAUUUCCGUCCGCCACCACCACAUUUCUAUUGUUCUGCACCGCUACUGCCACCACAACCACCACCACCAACAUCACACUAUCACCAGGACAACUUCCACCCCCCUUCACUACCAACACCACUACUACCACCACAACGACCUCCACCUCCUUCACUUCCAGACACACAACCAAAACGACCUCCACCUCCUUCACUACCAAACCCACCACCACCACGACCUCCACCUCCUUCACUACCAAACCCACCACUACCCCGACCUCCACCUCCUUCACUACCAAACCCACCACCACCACGACCUUUACCUCCUUCACUACCAAACCCACCACCACCACGACCUCUACCUCCUUCACUACCAAACCCACCACCACCACGACCUUUACCUCCUUCACUACCAAACCCACCACCACCACGACCUCCACCUCCCUCACUACCAAACCCACCACCACCACGACCUCCACCUCCUUCACUACCAAACCCACCACCACCACGACCUCCAUCUCCUUCACUACCAAACCCACCACCACCACGACCUCCAUCUCCUUCACUACCAAACCCACCACCACCACGACCUCCAUCUCCUUCACUACCAAACCCACCACCACCACGACCUCCAUCUCCUUCACUACCAAACCCACCACUACCACGACCUCCAUCUCCUUCACUACCAAACCCACCACCAGCACAACCGCCAUCUCCUUUACUACCAAACCCACCACUAGCACGACCUCCACCUCCUUCACCACCAAACCCACCACCAGCACGACCUCCAUCUCCUUCACUACCAAACCCACUAUCACCAAGAUCUCCACCUCCUUCACUACCAACACCAUCACGACCACGACCUCCAUCUCCCUCUCUACCAACACCUCCACCUUCCGAAGCACCCCUAGCACCACUAACACCAACACCACCACAACUACCAUCACCACCUUUCUUGACCUAACGCCAUUAAACUUCAUGCUGUAACAAUUUUUCUUUCUUCUUCAUCAGUAAAAUCGUUUUGGUUGCCGUUCAAGAUGCAGCUGCAAAUCACUUUGCAGCAGCGUUUAAUGCCCUUAGAAGAUUGGGCGCUAAGGAUCCUUUCGUGGCAGAAUUCCGAGGAUCAUAUGCCUUUGCUGGGUACUCACAGCCUAACAAACCCUCCUGGGUAACACAAGUUCAACACGGCCGAGCUAAAGGACCUAGCGAGUUCAGAAUAACAAUUCCCCUUAUUCUUCCAGGUUAGUAAAACAUUUAAAAAGAGGGAUAUUGGUACUUAAUAGAUCAUAUAGUGUACAGAAGUAAAAAAAUUAAUUUGAAAAAAUAUUUCUCUUCUUAAUCACCUCCAGCAAAGAACUAGUUUUUUAGUCCUUAUGCGCUUGGAGCGUUAGUGCCUAUUAGGAGCGCCUUUAAGAGCAUGCGCACCAUCUUGAUGACGUUCUAACAUUUAUAAAACGUUUAGAUGAACUACACAAUUUUAAAACUUUCAACCUCUGGAAUGAGCUGUACAUGUAUUCUAUAUCCAUACAGCUUAUGAGACUAUUGGUUGUUACAAAGACAAAUCAGAUCGUGCAAUUCCAAAAUUGGAAGGUAAAGAUCCUAUCUUAGAUGGGGGCUACAAACAAAGAAUCAAUGCUAUUGAUAAAUGCUACAGAGCCGCGAGAAAGAGAGGUUUUAAAGUAUUCUCUGUUCAGGACAGUGGACAGUGCUUCUCCAGUUCAACCGCUCAAAAAACGUUCAACAAACAUGGGGUAUCAUCUGCCUGUAAUUUUGAUGGUGAAGGCGCAGCAUGGAAUAAUCAAGUUUAUUUCAUCAAAGGUGAGAGAAAGACAACAAGACAAGCAUAGCUAUUAAUAGUAAUGUAGAAUGUUUACAUGUCAACUGAUUGCUCAUGAUGUGCCUUAGGCCAAUCUGCAUAUGCGCAGAAGUUAGAUGCGUAUAUAAAACGUUUCGGUAUUCGAGCCUCAGGGUAGGGGGAGGGGGGACAGAAAAAAAUAAACUAAAAGAAUGAAAUAGAAAAGAACCAGAGAAAGAAACACCGUACCUUUUCUUAUUGCUGGCCAGCAUGAGCGAGGCAGCAUUAUUAGUAAUUUGCUUUUGUAGUUUAAUAUUGAAAUUAUGUGCAUAUAACCAGGCCUUUCAAGAUCUUUAGUACCUUCCGAGCUGCAUUGAAUGUGAACAUUUUAAAUUUGCCUAUGUAUUAACUCCCUUGUGGAAUAUUUAAUAUCCUUAUUCUUGAGCGUUCGCGUCAGCGGCGAAGUUGCUACCAUAAAAGAUUUUAAGUAAAGCUGUCAGUCUCUCACAGUUCUUCAUUUGGUCAUCCUGCUAUUAGUCUUAACGCAACAAUUCAUGUAAGUACAUUUGUUUCUAGCUCCUUAUACAGCAAUUGCUGUCAUCAUAGUUAGUAUAAGAGGUGACUGGUUAUGAAAGCCGGCAAACAUCAAAGUUGAAAACGGUGCAGUAGUUUAUGUUGGAAGCUCCCUGACUGGCACAGUCCUUUGCUUUUUCUUCACAAAUUGUGACUGAAUAAAUUAAUGCGGUGCUUCUAUUGGUCACGUUGUGCACGGUACGGUCAGGUCCAAAAAACGCUAACAAAAACAUAUAGCAAAGGAGUCUAAGGAGUUUUCAUAACCAUUCCACCUAAAAAACGAUGCUGUCACUAAAAGAACUAGUUAUACUCGUGAUAGUAGACCAUGUGUUUGUCGUGUUUUCCUUACAGACUAUCUGACAAGUUUUGGAUGCUUUAAAGACACAGGAAAUCGUGCAAUUCCUCCUUUGGAGGGAAAAGACCCUAUUUUAGAUGGUUCUAAUUACCAGAACCGUAAGCACGCCAUCGCUAAGUGCGCUGUAGCAUCUCUGAGGAAAGAUUAUCACAUGUUUGCCCUCCAACAUGACGGGUGGUGCGCCUCCAGUACCACGGCAGAAAAUACGUUUGACAAACAUGGCAGGGGAGGCAGCUGUCAAGGGGGUGGAGAAGGCGGUCCUUGGGCAAACGAUGUUUACGUUCUUGGUAAGAAUAGUAUCAGUAUCUUUAUAAAUUUAAAGAAUGUACAAGAUAUACAGAGAAGAUAAAAAUAAAAACAUUUGAAAAGCCAUGGUGCUGAAUCUGAAGUUGGUGAGGCUGGAGUCGAGUUGAACGUUGAUGAAGAUUUCGUCGUGUUUAAACGUAGUCCGGGAAAGGGGGGGGGAGGGUAAUAAAAGCCCAUAAGUGGAGGUUCUGCGUGAAAGGAGAACCUUUUUCAGGUUUUAGGUAUGUAAAAGGGUAGGAGUUUCUCUAUUUGAAGAAUAUGAAAAAGUAGGAACUUCUAUCAUCAGUUUUGGUCUGUGAAAAGACCUAAAAGGACUAGGCAUUUUAUGGCUGUAAAAUGGUCGAGAAAACGUUAUGGUCUGAGGUUUACUCAAAUCUUAAGGAGACUGCAUUUACAGCAGUUAAAAGAGAUGCAAAGUUCUAAACGAGGUAUGUGAAAGGGGUACCAUUUGCUAAUAGAAGGUGUAAGAAAGGGGUACCGUUUCUGUCAGAAAUGGUAUAUAAAAGGCUAAGGGAUUGGACCUCGGGGCGUAACCCCUCCGCAUAAAACUUUGUUGAGUAUCUCCCCUGAGACCCUAGUCGAUCGGUACCCUAUUACCUUAAAUACAAUAAAAUGGAAAGGAAAGAGGUCAGUAUAGGAUUGCAAAUAAAACACAAUUUUAAUUAAACACUUGACUGUUGUACCUUAAAUUAAUUUUUGCUGCGACCGGAACGUUUGACGAUUUUUUCCAAAUUAGGGCUGGGCUGAACACCCAAGACCAGUAACAGUCAUAAAUAUACAUUAAUUACCCUGUUUCGCUUUACUUUUGUUAAUUUUUUCCCAAACGAACAGAAUGCCAGGAAGCUCUUGGAAUGGAGAGUGGUGCAAUUUUGGACGGAAAAAUUACAGCCUCGUCGCAGUGGGACCCUAAUCAUGCUCCUCACCAGGCCAGAUUGAACUACAAACCACCAGCAGGAAAAGCGGGUUCGUGGUCUGCUAAAACCAAUGACGCCAAUCAGUGGCUUCAGAUCGAUCUGGGAGGUGCAUUUACGAAGGUGACACGAGUUGCGUCACAAGGAAGACAUGCUGUGGCUCAGUGGGUCACCAAGUACAGGUUAAAAUACAGCAAUGAUGGAGUGAACUACCAAGACUACAAGGAAGAAAGUCAAACAGUUGUUGAGGUAAAUGUAAAGUAAAUUCAAUCACCCUGUUGUUGUUGCGGGAAUAUCGCUUUCGAUAACAGUAGCAAGAUGUCAUUUCACUGAGUCAAUUAGAAUUUGUUGCAACUGUUACUGAUACUCUUUCAACUGAAAAAAAUAUGGAAUAAUUGAAAGCUUAUUACCGAACCUUGGACUUCUGUAUGAUAUUCUCCCUUACCACCAAUUCUACUCUACAAUGACUGUACCUACACUUGCUAACUUAUCUGUAGGAGUGUCGCUGAUUUCCAACAUUAGACAGCUUUAGAUUUGACCACGAGUACGGGUACGAUUACGAGAUUAAACGAGAUUUCACCCCUGUUCUCACCAAAUGUUAAUACGGUUAUUUAUACUGAAGGAGAGCAAGCCCUCUCAUGAUGAUAACACUUCUUUCAUUAUUUUUGAUAACUUGUUUCCGACACUACGACAUUCUCGCUAAAACCCUUAGUAGCAUGACGACGGCUAUCACGUUUUCCCGCCAAAAUGACGCUGGUUCACCCAUGAGCAAUACUCAGUAUUGAGAAAAUCUAGUACUCGUAGUCGUCCUCGUCUCAGUAUCUGAAGCACUCUAAUAAUUCUGUUGGCCCUUAGCCAAAGAGAAGAUAAAUAGUGAGUACAAUGUAUAAUAAUAGUGUGCGGUCCUUAGAAUGUCCUCGUACUUUUAGUCUAAUUCUCAGACGUCCGAGGUCGAUCGCAGUCCCCUCGAGAGGGAGCCCCUAGCGAAGCUCGGACUUCUGAGAAUAUAAGUCCUUAUCGUCCUUGGCGAUUUCUAAAAUUUGGAAUCUACUGAACAAAUAUCAUAUGCUGCUGUAGGAAUUUGAGGGGAACAUGGACAGUAAUAACAUUGUUUCUCACGAGCUAAAACCACCGAUUUGGGCACGUUACAUCCGUUUUCAUCCAAAGACUUGGUAUAGCCACAUAUCAAUGCGCGUGGAGGUUUAUGGCUGCAAGAAAGGUACUUUGUAUUCAGCUUCACUCAGUCGUUGUUAACGAGUAGCACUUAGAAACUCCUUAAAUUUAUGGGCGAAAUUGUUUCGUUUUUUUCUAUAGCAAUUUGCUCUCUUCAGGUUAUCUUCUUGCAGUGGGUUUUAUACAAAAACCGAAAAACCAUCAUAAGCCUUACAAUAUUUGUCAUUCUGUCUCUGUUUUCCUAGAACAUGUUUGAAAGAUAGAACCCCGAAGCACCAAAGAAAAAUUUCAUCUGCUCAGUAAACUAGUUUGACAAGUUCUUAUUUUAGACCAAUCAGCAACAGCCUUGCAUAAGGCGCGCGAAAAACGCAAAAGGUCACGUCUGUCUGUCACGCAUUCUUGUUUUACUUUUAGUGAAUUCUACUUUUAAAACUCUUUUUGGACAGUUUAGUUGCAGUAUUAGGGGAUAUUGUUACUCGUCUAUUUGUAUUUUGACUCUCGUAAAAAGAUACCGCAAAAUUUCGAAAAUAAGCCCCGGGGCAUAUAUUUUUGAAAGGCCCCUUUUGAGGGGCUUAUAUAAUUAUUUUUGGAAGGGCUCAUCUACGGAGGGGAAUUUGUGUUUCAAAAUCGAUUGGGCUAGCCUUAUAGUUGGAAGUAAAUUAACCGUUUUGGCUUUGUUUUUCUUUUUUAUAUUAUAUUUACAGCAUGAGAAGCUGGUAGUCAAAAUUCACUGCUCAUUCAUGCAUCUUGUGCAGGAAUGCUGGAAUAAAGAUCUGAAUUUGAUACGAAUUUAUAAGCUUAGUUACGAGGACGACUAAGGGAUUCAUAUUUCAAAUAAUCAUUUCAUUAAUGGAAUCUAUAGGGGUACGCUUGACCCGGCUUGACUGUAAUUUUUAGCCUUUAGAUAGGAUUGGGGUUGAUGAAGCCAAAGAGUAUGAUCAUAACAUGUAUACAUGACUAGCAUGAAGUCAAAAAAAGCAAACUAUCAAUUUCUAAAAAUACUCCAGACUGUCAAUCUCCUCUUGGCAUGCAAAGUGGUGCAAUUUUGGACGGACAAGUCACUGCCUCCUCGCAGUGGAACAGUAACCAUGCUCCUCACCAGGCCAGGCUGCACUACAUACCACCAGCAGGGAAGGCGGGUUCUUGGUCUGCUAAAACCAAUGACGCCAAUCAGUGGCUUAAGGUUGAUCUUGGGACCCACUCCAGGGUGACACGCGUAGCGUCACAGGGGAGAUAUGCUGUUAAUCAGUGGGUUACAAAAUACAAGUUGCAAUUCGGAGAUGAUGGAAACAACUUUAUGGACUACCAAGCAGCACCUGGGGGAGCAGCUACGGUAAGAAAGAGGUUUGACUAUAUAUUGUUGCCAUCUGCUUGUAUCCCUUCAGGGUAUAUUUCACAAGGACAGAUAAGCGUCAAGUCUGGCUAAAUGUAUUUUCCUGAGUAAAAGGGCCUUUUAGACAAGAGGAUUUUGAGUCCUAUGAUUGCAAGUUAUAGUCUGCAUGCUUUAUUGUAUAGCUGUUAAGAAUAUGCUUAAACAAUGAAUGGUCGAGAAGAAUCAAGAAUUAGUAUUUUGCUUAUAUUUGGAUUUAGAGCUCUUUGUGCGUGUCUCUGGAAGGUGUCAGUAUUUUACGCGCGCCACUUCUAUCUGAGUGUAUAUCAAUUAACUUUAUUUACUUGUCAGUAGUUGGUAAGGCACGUUUUAACAUCCUUAUUUUUAUGUUGAAGUAUAAAUGCGAUUGCAGUGAAGGUUCAAAGGAAGGUUUCAGUAAUCGAACUAAUUCUCUUACAGGUGUUUACCGCAAAUUCAGACCAGAAUACUGUUAUUUAUCACCCACUAUACCCUACAAUUAAAGGACGUUAUAUACGGCUCCUUAUUGUCGCUUGGUAUCGCCACAUAUCGAUGAGAGUGGAAAUUUAUGGUUGUCAUUUAGGUACUGUUUAAAAUGUUGUAAAAAUCUGAAUUUUCAUUUACUCGAAUAGAACUCAGACUUGAUAGAUAACUACACCAGAGUGCAAAUUGCAGGCGAUUGGCGUGCUGACUUAGGAGAGAGGGGAAAAGUGACGUCACUUUUGGUUGCAAUGGUAGCAAAAUUUCUGGAUCACAGCAAUAGAAGCAAAGACGAAGGCAAAACAAUAACUUUGCACGUGCAUGGCGCUUUUUGUACAUUUCUUAACCGCCGUUGCACGACUGCGACAUGAAACUUUCUAAUUUCACGCGCCCGCUUAUGUAGUAGAGUGAACACAACACAACAAUUUUCCUUUUUCUAAACUUAGAUAAGCUCUUUAGGAUUUAACCCCACAUAAUUUUGCCAACAUUUUAAAUCAAAUUGAAUACGAUCGAUGAAGUUUGAAGAAGUGCGAAUUCACUUUAAGUGACGUUCUCUGUUUUCUGUAGUUUAAUCCGGAAAUUUUGCUACCAUGGCAACAUGACGUAACGAGUUCUCCUCUCUAUUUGUUCUGAAAGAAGAAAACAUGAAAAAAAGCAGGAUGGAGGGAAAGCAACAGCUACAUUUAAGCAUCAGUAACAGAAGGCAGCGUAUUGUACCCUACGUAAUAAUUGGCCAGAUACGAUAGUGACCAGAAAAGCUGGGGAGGGAAUGAGUUAGGAAUAGGGAGAGAGAAAACAUGACAUGCAAUAAAAAAAUAUAUCGCUCUUUUUCAUGCCUUGCGACUUAUAUUUCAUGAAUGAUUUACAACAAAGCUAAAUUCUUUGUCAUAGACGUCAACGAAUGUGCAAACAACCCUUGUAAGAACGGUGCAGUGUGUGUGAAUCUUAUUGGAAGUUAUCGCUGUAACUGCAAGGCUGGAUACAGUGGCAACCACUGUGAAACGAGUGAGUUAAUAAGUAGACUCAAGUAGGGGAUAGUAGGGCGAGCGAAACGCGAGCGCGCCUGAUUUAUAGAAUCAUGUACUUAACCUGCGUUAGGGACGAAAGUUUCAGAAGCAUAUAUCCACAGUAAAUUUGGUCUGCAGACUGGAGGGAAUAUCUCCUUCGUGGCGGACUGGGUGAUCUUAUUGGAACGGUAAAAACUGUAUCACCUUUUUUCACGACUAUAACCAUGCUGUCAAACGAUUACAAAAUUAAGUUGCUGCUUGCUUUUUUAAACUUUGCAGUUGUGAAAAAAGAGUUAAAAUUAAUUGAACGAUGGCGUAGCUUAUAAAUAACUACGUCAUCGUGGUAAACGUGAUCUAAUUGGCUGCUCUUGCCGAUUUUAGACGUCAACGAGUGUGCGCCCGCUCCAUGCCAGAACGGAGCCACAUGUGUGGAUCUUGUUGGAAGUUAUCGCUGUGAUUGCAAGGUUGGAUACACUGGAAGCAACUGUGAAACAAGUAAAUUUGAAACAAUGUAUUUCUUUUUCGAUCAUUUUAUCUAGCACAUUUUUUUUGAAUAUAUAGCUUGCACUGUAAUCAAAUUCAGAGAGAUGUUAACUAGAUUUCCAUAAUACACAUUUUACUCUUUUUCACUUUCAGACAUCAAUGACUGUGCACCUGAUCCAUGCCAGAACGGAGCCAAAUGUGUUGAUCUUGUUGGAAGUCAUCGCUGUGAUUGCAAGGCUGGAUACACUGGAAGCAACUGUGAAACAAGUAAACUUUAAACUUUGUAUUUCUCUAUUGUCGUUAAAUACCCACUUGUCUGUACUCUAAUCGGACAUAGAACGAAGGUGGUUUUUUUCCGACUUUUUGAACACAACGUGUCAAUAAUUUAAUGUACAUUUUUAGUUGUCCAAAAAUACAUAAGUGCAGUGCAGAAAACAACUAUAUAACAUGAAACUCAGCAGCAUUUUAUUUCUGAUUUUCUUAUAAAAAAUAUGAAUUUUCUACUAAAGAUGGUGCCUACAAGUGUGUAAUAUUUUGUAAUCAACAGACAUCAAUGACUGUGUACCUAAUCCAUGCCAGAACGGAGCCACAUGUGUGGAUCAAGUUGGAAGUUAUCGCUGUGAUUGCGUAGCUGGGUACACUGGAAGCAACUGUGAAACAAGUAAGCACUGGCACUUAAUUUUAGUCGCUAGCUAAAAUUGCAUCCUGACUCGGUAAAACUGAUUCAUUGUUCGCUUUUUUAGACAUCAAUGACUGUGUACCUGAUCCAUGCCAGAACGGAGCCACAUGUGUUGAUCUUGUUGGAAGUCAUCGCUGUGAUUGUGUGAAUGGAUAUACUGGCAAUAGCUGUGAAACGAGUAACUAUAAUCCUUUAGCCCACAUUUAAGUAAGAAUCCCACCCCCUCCCCCUCCCCCAGAACACAAUGGGAAGGGCCAAUGCUAUCAUCCCUGCAAUGAUUUCUCUUCGAUUUUGUCAACGCUGUUUUUGAGCGAGAAUUACACGAGUGUUUUACUGGAAAAUAUACCACUCAUAAAAUUCAUAAAAACUACAUCCGGGACCCGAGUGGUUUAUUUUCCAUAAUCUCACACGUGAGUUUAUCGAUGACGUAAUUUUGCCGGUAAUUUUCCUCUAUUAUUUUAUCGAUGUCAUUUUGUCUAUGUUAUAAAAAGAACAUUACACGGCGGCUUGAAGAUAUGAAUUUUAUUUUCGAGUGGCAAAACAAUAUUUUACGAACGAGCGCAGCGAGUGAGUAAAAUAUUGUUUUUGCCACUCGAAAAUAAAAUUCAUAUCUUCGCGCCACCGUGUAAUAUCCUCUAUUUAAUAUCCUUUUUGGUCAUUAAAAUAAUAGUAUUUUGUUAAUUGUCUUUUGCAAAAAUUGAGUUGGUUCUUUGAACUUAGCAUAUGACAAAAGGCAAAGGAUACAUGAUACGUCAUUUAGUUAAAAUAACUUACAGCGGGUAAAGCAUUUUUGAAAUGGCAUUGCAGGAUAAAAGUUUAGGUCAGUAUCUGUUUGUGGCAAUUGGGUUUCGUCCGGAAAUCGACUUUCAAUAGAACCAAUACUUUUAGGAUACCGUGAAAUAAUUUGUUUCUUGAAUAUUUUCACUUUUUAGAUAUUGACGAUUGCGCACCUGCUCCUUGCUUGAAUGGUGGCACGUGCGUCGAUCUAGUCGCCACUUACCACUGUGACUGUCCGAUCGGAUUCCUCGGAUUAACAUGCGAAGGUACAGUAAGAAUUUUAAACCAUCUGAUGAGUCUGGUGAGAGGGUUCAAUGGGGUUAUAACCGUCAGCCUCCAAACGGCUAAAAAAUUUAACCUUCAGGCGUCAAAAAAGGUAAUUUUUUUACCGUUAACCGUCAAAAAUACAGAUUCAUAUAUUGACCGUCAAAAAGUUUCAAGGUAUCUCAAAUCUCACUAUUUCAGUUAAUCUUCAAAGACUUCUGACUUCUGAAGAAUCAGCUCUAAACUGGAAAACUCAGUUCUCGUGUUCUUAAAAACUCUCUCUUGAGAUUACAAGACCUUACAACUUGCUUGUAUUUGAAAACAUUCCAAAAUUUGAAAGGCCAAGACAACCCAACAAAAACAUAACAUUUAACAUUAGCUUAAAUAUACAGAAGUUAAUAUUUACUCAAACUCUUGGACUUAAUUCCUGUUAAUAAAAGUCAACAGUCAAAAGCUUAAAAAAAAUUACAACGUCAACCGUCAAAAUUGAAAAAUAUUAACAAUUAACCGUGAAAGCCACCCAGCAUCCCAGUGAGACCCUCUGGUUAGGGUUUGCGACUUCUUGAGAUGGGACGUGAUACCUUUCCUUGGGUAUCCUGAUGUUCUCCACAAGUAAUCCGAUUGACUAAUCCUGAUUAACGGGAGUUUCUAACCUUUUACACAAAGAUAUAUAGUUGAUACUUUGACAUACUAGCCAGCUUAGCUAGCCUUUUCCAAGAGUAGAGGGCAGCAACACCCUGUGAGCAGGGGUUUCUUUCUAUUCCGCCAAUUGGCUUUUAGCAUUUACGAGCGUAUGUCGGUGCAUCUAUCAGUCUUUUGUACGCAUGCGCAACGAUGGCAGCGAAAUUUCGUUUAAUUCAAGAAAAGUUCGCGGGAGCUUCAACGAAUGUUUGCGCAAACAAUCCUUCUUUAUUAGGACAACAUUCAGCGAACUUCGCUCUCAUUUCUUCUGCACCGUAGGUGCUGUAACUGGGCAAGCUAGGGGAGGAGCUAGGGAUAUAAUUUAUCUAAAAACUGCACCAAUUAUCGGUCUUUUUUUUUUUUCAGAAGUUGAAGUUGACGAGUGUCUUGAGUAGGUGGAGCUGACGAGGUAGGUACCAGUUACUAUACAAUAUGCUGAUCCUAAAGGAGCAUGGCCGAUAUUUAAUAACAUACAUUCGAAUCUUCAAAUUGUUGAAAGGGCUUUUGAAGAGGGACUAUAGCAUGCCCUUUCGACAAAGGCAACAAUUUAGCCAGGAAAUCAUCUGCUGUUUAUAAUAGACUAACGGUGACGAGAGUUUUCUCUGGAUGGUUAACACAGUAAUAAGACUGAUUAGCAUGAAUCCUUCGAGAUACUUAACUCUGUCAAAAUGGUUUUUCAACCUAAGUUUUCACUGUUAAGCUUAGGUCAAGUGGCCAAUACAAAACAAGGAGAAUAAUUAUAUAAAAACUACAGAGUAUCUACUUAUACAAAAAAUUUUCAUAAUAACAGAAAGGAUGGUACUGAAAUUACAUUUUGAAAUUCCUGACUGGUUGUCGUUUCUGCAGAGAGGUGUGAAGCUUCUUGUCAGAAAAUGAUUGGCUAAAACUUUUCCAUAAAUUAAAUACGGACGUGAUGGUAAAACUCAGAGGGUAAAUACAAAAUGCAGUUGGUAGUUCAUAGAACAGGCGUUUGCCGCUUCGGUUUCCAUAAGACGCGCGCGAUAUGUGCAAAGGGGUGGUGUCCCUCUCUCUUCCCAGCCCCCGCGCGUUUUUCAUAUUUCCUUUUACUGCACGACUGCACUACUUUCUUGGAGCCUGGAUCAAGAUAAGGCAAUUACAGCUGGUGUAGGCGCGAAAAGUGCUUGAGCCGAUCCAUUUAUGUGUCUCCCUUUUCUACACUGAUUUAUUUCCUUCCCAAAUCAACAUCAUUCCCCCCCCAAAACACCCAGACUGCCCUCUUAAGUUCGACGCAUCUGAGGCACCCUGAUUGAACAGGUUGGGGUCGUUGCAUAGCGGCCGCCUGCCGAAUUCAAGUAUAACUGUGCUUGAAACGAAACAAGAUGUUAUGAACAACAUUUGACCAUUUUGUUUUCUUAGGUUUGCGUUUGGAUGGAUGUCCAUAAUUGAACUAAGCGGUUUAAAGGAUUUUAUCUACCGCCAUCAUAGGUGCAUGGCCAAAAAUGUAAUAUUUCGCAUAGUUUAUUCAACAGCUUAAUAAACAUCAGUUAAACUGGCACAUAUUAUUUCUUUCACUCUGGUUGUUGUUAAACUUUAUUCUAACCUUUAUUUAUUUAUUUUGGAACGCCUUGCUUGGAGUGAUUUUACUAAACCCAUGAAACACAGGGGCGGAUCCAGGAUAUUUUUUAGGAGUGGGUGCACUCGUCUCUUGCUCUACUUCAACACCAAUAAACCACAUAGUUUUUUUUUUCGCAGAAUAACAGUUGUAUUAGAAAUCCACAGGUCAUCCCAGGGGCGGGGGGGGGGGUGCGCACCCCCUGCAUCCUCCCCCUAGAUCCGCCCCUGAAAAAGUAUAAACAUUUGUGCCAAAAAGCCAUAAGUAAACAAGAGAAAACACAGUGAAAUUAAGAAAUGUACUACCGUGUAAUGGUCCAGUUCACGGGUUCAGUAAAAUCACCCUGUCUAGAUCGAUCUCUGUUCAUCACCGAAUAAAAGUGCGUACCGACUGAAGAACACUGCAGAUAUCAUAAAUAUACAGAUCAUUUGGCAACUUAAUUAGUCAAAUAAUUUUAUUCAUAUAUUUUGUCGCUUGAUUUUUAUCCAAGUUUCAAAACGCCCUUUCAGAAAAUUUCAAGAUAUCGAGAUUUCCGAUUGCCGCCAAGGUUCGGUUACUCGAGGAGCUUCGAAGAAGCUUGCACUGACGUUUCACAAAAAGGUUCUUUCAGGGCAAAUUCCGGUGAAAGUACGAAAGCUGAAUACAAUGAUAUUUUAUUAUUCAGCUAGAAUGCUCUACCGAAACUAUACCAAUCAGCUUGUUAUUUUCUUGUGAAAAUUGGGACUUUAAUGCGGUUAAAUGUGCGUGAGAUUGAAAAACGAGAAAACACAGCAAAUACGAAAUGAAUCUGAUAUCCGCUGUCAAAUGACGUCAUGGCCUAUUUAUUGAACCAGGCGGAUAUGAAUGGAAAGACAGAGUUGAAUUUAAGCUAUAUCGAUGAAGCCAAUAGACAUUUUAACUCUAGCAAUGGCUAGGUGCAUUUUAAGUUUCACCUUUUGAUUACAGGUGUUCAGUUUUUUAUUAUUUUUUCGACGUUAAGAUAUUUAACUUUAAUUUUUUCAACCUUUUGAUGCAUAUUAUUCAUGAGUAAGGCGUUUUAUUUUGUAUCGGGCUAAUUUACGUCAAAUAUAAGACAUUGACCUUGAGCUUAUUAAAAUUUAAAAAGUGAAGGUAAAAGACCACGAUGACAUAAAGUUAUAACGUACUAUCAGGUACUAUUUUAUUUUAUUACCGUUACUAUUGUAUUUUUCUUUGAUGCGACAGUGAAAAAAAGUAACCGGACGUUUUCAAUAAUUUCGUAUCCAUUCACAUCGUAUUCCUACUUACGUCAAGAUCUCUAAUGGCGGGGUAAAACCGAAAUAAAUUCGUUAUAAAGUAAUUUUUUAACCAUUUUUCUCUGAUUUUUUUUUCACUCUUUUAUAACUUUUAUAAAAUACGUAAACCCACCUUUUGACUGCAAAUUCGUGUCUUAUUACACCCUAUUAAUAAUAUAUCGUUAUGUCUUUAUUCUGCUCUUUUUCAUGUCGGAUUGCUUUACAUAUUAAUUAAGAGUCAUCUUAAGUAAAUAGAGAACGAUGAAUAUAUACUUUGGAAAGAUCUUGGUCAAUGGUUAGCUUUAUAAUUACCGACCAAUUUAUGACAUGCUUAGAACGAUUAUGUUAAUUAUAUUUGCUUAUCUUUAAUUAUGUUCACUCAGCUGUAAUGCCUAUCAAAUCCAUUCACAAACCUCUGCAAAAUAUCUUAGCCUUUUCUAACAGUUCUAACUCCGAUCCUCGAGGUUCGUUAAGCAGUAAUCAAGCUUUUUCAGUGGAUACCAAGGUAUAAUAACAAAACAGGUAUUGUACUGUCACAUAGUUUGUUACCCCUCUUAAUCAUCAAAAGUGAUAACUCUUUUAAUACCAUAGCGUGAAAACGUUUACUUUAACAGUUUCUCCCCAAUAGCUGAAUCCAUUUCAAAGGGAUACGGCAUUACUAUCACGCAAUUACGGAGAUCGAUUUGGAGAAAAGUUGCCAUAAGCCAUAAUCUAACAUCACGGUUUCAGUCUCUCAAAUAAUAUAAAUAGCUCUAACAAUGAGUACUGAAAAAAGGUAAUUUCAAAAAGAAAAAGUUAACCGCAACUGGGAUCCACAAACCACUUCUGCAUUGCCCGUAAGAUUUCCUUGAACAUCCACAUAAUUAUCUAAAAUUACAACAAUUAUUAUCUAACAGGCUUUUAUGCAUGCCAUCGUUUAUGCUAUAGUAAAGAACAUGAUAAAAAGUAAGACACUUACUCAAUUAAUUCAGAUUGUUCAUUCUCGAUUUCUAUCAGCUUUGAUAGUUGCCCCCGGGCUUCAUCCCUCUUUUAACUACCAAGAAAAAUUCUCUACUUCACUUAGUAAUUGUUUGAAAGUGAACAUCUAUGAUAUCAUCUUUUUUGAUGGUGUUAUGUUUCGUUUAAUAAGGCCUCCUUAAAACCCUCUUCAGGUCAGUAUCAAGUCGCCCCAUGCAAGGGAAUUGUAGACAGUCUUGGCUUCCGGAUUUCACGUCGGUGGAUUCUGGAUUCCAGGUAGUGCAUUCCGGAUUCAUCUUUGUUUGUGGAACCUGGAAUUCUUAUUCCAAUCCUUAGCAGUAUUAGGGAUUGCUUGAGCCGUAUUCCGGAUUCCAAAACGUAGGAUCCCGGAUUCCACAAUAAACGUUUGCUGGAUUCCGGAUUCCACAGUAAAAAAACUCCUGGAUUCCGGAAUCCAAAUUGCCUUACAAGGGGCGAACCAAAAAGAAUAAUAAAAACAGAAAUUUGAAUAAUCUAUCGCUAAUACUACCAUACUGGCGAAAUUGUUAAAGUUAUUACUAGUACUUACUGGAUCAUCGUCCUUUGCUUUGUAAGCACUACGAGCCUCAGCGCUCCGGAAGUUAAAAAAUUCGUACCGUCUGGUUGCUAUGAAGUAACGUAAUCAUCCCGUUGAGUAUCCAUCACCGUAACACUUUUGCGGUCAACUACCGCAGCGCUCGUAAAGUACUUUAAUUAAAACCGUGUUCAAAACCCUUUAGGAAGUCUGUUUAUUUUUGAGUCGAUUAAUGCACUGCUGACUUUCACGAGGUCAACUUUUGCAUAAAUUAUCAAACAUUAUGUUAAGCGGGAAAUCUACCUAUGGUUCGCGGGAGAAGCAACUUCUAUAGCGGCGCAAGACAAAUGUUUCGAGAGUCGAGGAUGUGCUCACAAACUAUUCACUAUGCGACGAAAGGAGAUAUCACUGGCAUGAUACCUGCAUGUAAUGGUAAUUUUUAUCAAUCCAGGUCGCGCCGUGUUCGCUCGAGAACGCUGUGACAACUUCGUUUGGCGCGCUUCUCAAUACUUCCAAAACAUGUUGUAAUCGGUAAGUAGACUUAAGCACUUAGUAUCGCCAAGCCAUUCGAAUCAGUGUAUACCCAAUUCUUUGUCUGAAGAUUCGCGCAAACACAUAUACCAAGUAAAUCUGGAUGGAAGAGGAAAUUGUCUCCCUAAACGCAGCCAGGUUAUAUUUUGAAGGAUGGAGGCACAAUUCAACGCGUCGUCCAGGUCAGCCCUAAUUUAUAGUUCGUAAGAGUAUAAAUUGCGAUAUCCCUAUUUUCGCUUAAGCUUUCUUUGAUAAAACUUCAGUAGAAACAAAACAACGCAGACAUGACAUUCUCCUACAUGAGACACAAUCGGCUGAAGGAAAUAUCUGUUUACAAGUCGGGUAAAUUAUCCAUUCUUGCGCACCGCAAAAUCAGCUAAAAUCAGUCGCUGGAAACCUGGCAUAUUAUUAAGCCUGAGCGCUUCUAAGAAUAACACGUUUAGAACUUCGACGAGUAGAAAAAAAAAGGCAGUUGUUCUAUAUCCUUUCUGGUUCAUCCAGGUAGAAGUCCUGGCAUAUUAUUAUGCCUGAGCGCUUCUAGGAUAUAUAACACGUUUAGCAUUUCAACCCGUAGCCGUAAAAAACAAUUAGGUAGUUGUUCUAUAACCUUUCUGGCUCACCCAGGUAGAAGUCCUGACAUGAUAUCAUUAUGCCUGAGCGCUUCUAGGAUAUAUAACACGUUUAGCAUUUCAACCCGUAGCCGUAAAAAAAAAUUUAGGCAGUUGUUCUAUAUCCUUUCUUAUUCAUCCAGGUAGAAGUCCUGGCAUGAUAUCAUUAUGCCUGAGCGCUUCUAGGAUAUAUAACACGUUUAGCCUUUCAACCCGUAGCCGUUAAAAAAAAUUUAGGCAGUUGUUCUAUAUCCUUUCUGGUUCAUCCAGGUAGAAGUCCUGGCAUAUUAUUAUGCCUGAGCGCUUCUAGGAUAUAUAACACGUUUAGCAUUUCAACCCGUAGCCGUAAAAAACAAUUAGGUAGUUGUUCUAUAUCCUUUCUGGUUCACCCAGGUAGAAGUCCUGGCAUGAUAUCAUUAUGCCUGAGCGCUUCUAGGAUAUAUAACACGUUUAGCAUUUCGACCCGUAGCCGUAAAAAAAAAAUUUAGGCAGUUGUUCUAUAUCCUUUCUGGUUCAUCCAGGUAGAAGUCCUGGCAUAAUAUCAUUAUGCCUGAGCGCUUCUAGGAUAUAUAACACGUUUAGAAUUUCGACCCGUAGCCGUAAAAAAAAAUUUAGGCAGUUGUUCUAUAUCCUUUCUGGUUCAUCCAGGUAGAAGUCCUGGCAUAUUAUUAUGCCUGAGCGCUUCUAGGAUAUAUAACACGUUUAGCAUUUCAACCCGUAGCCGUAAAAAACAAUUAGGCAGUUGUUCUAUAUCCUUUCUGGUUCAUCCAGGUAGAAGUCCUGGCAUAAUAUCAUUAUGCCUGAGCGCUUCUAGGAUAUAUAACACGUUUAGAAUUUCGACCCGUAGCCGUAAAAAAAAAUUUAGGCAGUUGUUCUAUAUCCUUUCUGGUUCAUCCAGGUAGAAGUCCUGGCAUAUUAUUAUGCCUGAGCGCUUCUAGGAUAUAUAACACGUUUAGCAUUUCAACCCGUAGCCGUAAAAAACAAUUAGGCAGUUGUUCUAUAUCCUUUCUGGUUCAUCCAGGUAGAAGUCCUGGCAUGAUAUCAUUAUGCCUGAGCGCUUCUAGGAUAUAUAACACGUUUAGCAUUUCAACCCGUAGCCGUUAAAAAAAAUUUAGGCAGUUGUUCUAUAUCCUUUCUAGUUCAUCCAGGUAGAAGUCCUGGCAUAUUAUUAUGCCUGAGCGUUUCUAGGAUAUAUAACACGUUUAGUAUUUCAACCCGUAGCCGUAAAAAACAAUUAGGUAGUUGUUCUAUAUCCUUUCUGGUUCACCCAGGUAGAAGUCCUGGCAUGAUAUCAUUAUGCCUGAGCGCUUCUAGGAUAUAUAACACGUUUAGCAUUUCGACCCGUAGCCGUAAAAAAAAAAUUUAGGCAGUUGUUCUAUAUCCUUUCUGGUUCAUCCAGGUAGAAGUCCUGGCAUGAUAUCAUUAUGCCUGAGCGCUUCUAGGAUAUAUAACACGUUUAGCAUUUCGACCCGUAGCCGUAAAAAAAAUUUAGGCAGUUGUUCUAUAUCCUUUCUGGUCCAUCCAGGUAGAAGUCCUGGCAUAUUAUUAUGCCUGAGCGCUUCUAGGAUAUAUAACACGUUUAGCAUUUAAACCCGUAGCCGUAAAAAACAAUUAGGCAGUUGUUCUAUAUCCUUUCUGGUUCAUCCAGGUAGAAGUCCUGGCAUGAUAUCAUUAUGCCUGAGCGCUUCUAGGAUAUAUAACACGUUUAGCAUUUCGACCCGUAGCCGUAAAAUAAAAUUUAGGCAGUUGUUCUAUAUCCUUUCUGGUUCACCCAGGUAGAAGUCCUGGCAUGAUAUCAUUAUGCCUGAGCGCUUCUAGGAUAUAUAACACGUUUAGCAUUUCGACCCGUAGCCGUAAAAAAAAAUUUAGGCAGUUGUUCUAUAUCCUUUCUGGUUCAUCCAGGUAGAAGUCCUGGCAUAUUAUUAUGCCUGAGCGCUUCUAGGAUAUAUAACACGUUUAGCAUUUCAACCCGUAGCCGUAAAAAACAAUUAGGCAGUUGUUCUAUAUCCUUUCUGGUUCACCCAGGUAGAAGUCCUGGCAUGAUAUCAUUAUGCCUGAGCGCUUCUAGGAUAUAUAACACGUUUAGCAUUUCGACCCGUAGCCGUAAAAAAAAAAUUUAGGCAGUUGUUCUAUAUCCUUUCUGGUUCAUCCAGGUAGAAGUCCUGGCAUGAUAUCAUUAUGCCUGAGCGCUUCUAGGAUAUAUAACACGUUUAGCAUUUCAACCCGUAGCCGUUAAAAAAAAUUUAGGCAGUUGUUCUAUAUCCUUUCUGGUUCAUCCAGGUAGAAGUCCUGGCAUAUUAUUAUGCCUGAGCGCUUCUAGGAUAUAUAACACGUUUAGCAUUUAAACCCGUAGCCGUAAAAAGAAAAAAAGAUAGGUAGUUGUUCUAUAUCCUUUCUGGUUCAUCCAGGUAGAAGUCCUGGCAUAUUAUUAUGCCUGAGCGUUUCUGGGAUAUAGAGUAGCAGUUUGACCCGUAGAAAAAACAAACUCAGCCGUUCAUUUUGUAGGAGAUAUUUAAGCGUUUUUGUCUGUGUUAGCAAUGUGAUCGACUUUAUACGCAGACCUUAAUAAUAUGCUUUUUUGUUUGACGGCACUGAAUAAUUUUAGCCGAAACUUGAGCCGUACAUUUGUUGAAUGCCGCGCUUUAAUUAAAUUUCUCGCCCUAGAAUGAUGACAUGAUGGCGCGAAAAUUGACGCCUCUAUCGUAUUAGAUGGGAAAUAUGAUCAGAGAUAAAUGGAAUAGUGAAUGUUACAAGCUUCUGAGUAUCCAGCUGAGAUAGGGGACUUUUAGUCCCCUAUCUCAGCUUGAUAAACAAAAUUUUUUUGGUUGCUAAGACGGUGCGGCUCGUUAUGUAAAAAGGGAGUUAACGCUCGGACGUACACGCAAAUUCAAACCCCCACCGUGGAACAAGGAGGGAAGGGUUGAAGGAACUCCUCCUUAGAGUUUUUGAUUGUUGUAGUAUAUCGAAACGAUUUUGCCUUUAAUGGAAAGCCUGAAGAUGAGGUAUAUUUUAUGGGUGGUUGUGGUUACUGGAGGCCUGUGAUGUCACCAACAAUGGUCGGCAUCUUGGCCACCAUCUUGGAUUUUACCAAUGAUUAGAAAUCAGGUUAAAACCGCAAGAAAUUGUAAUUUUUUCCCUUGACAUGUCAUCAAAUAACACACAAAUUAACAAUUUGCAUCAUUUCAUCCACAAUGUUUACUUUCAUUAACGAAAGAAGUUGAGAAAACAUGCAUUUUCACUCAAAAAUGGUUUGCCCACCUGCUUCUUAUGACGUCAUACCUCGUAACCAUAGUAACUGGUUAUCACUAAACUUGUCUCAAAAUGCGUGUGAACGAACAGCUCCUGAAAACGUCAGGUGCUGAUGUUCUAUCGUCUGGAAAAACUCAGAAAAACCUCCCCCCCGCCCAUGAACGUCCGAGGGUUAAAGGACGGCAUGCAAUCAGGAUACAUAAAUUGCUCUAUUUUACUUUAGGGCUAGGGCUACAGGAAUUAUUUAUUAAAGAAUAACAUUACGUUUGUUACAAGUGGUUCCAAAAUUUUGUUUGGUUUUUUAGAAGUAUUUCUUAAAAAUUAAAAUGUGCUUCUUGUCGUAUAAUUGUCAGAUAAGUUGAGACGCUGUAAUUCGACAUGAAGUUUCUCUUCCAUUGUUUGGUCCUAGCAGCCACGUUAGAUCUCUGUUCCAGCCAGUGUAGAGUGGCAGAUUGGUCUAAAGCAUUUGACAAAAAGGGAUGGGUGGCCUGUCAAUCCACCGAAUAUUUGAAUGGACUGUACAGAAAUGACAACUGGAAAGACAACGACGGUAUUUUCUUAAUCGAAAAUGCAAGAUGUUGUAAAGCUCCAGCACCGAAUCAAAAUCGCGCAUCGACUCACGUUAUUGCAAACUGGUGGAAAACAUUAGAUAGGUAAGGAAAGAUUUAAGCCUUUGAAAUUCUGUAAGAAAAUAAUCGCGGACUAUACCUUGGCCCAAUUCAAGGGCCGACAAGUGGCUGCAACAUCGAAAACGCUGAUAAUCGUUUGGGAACUGAGUUCAGAUUAAUGUUGGCUUUCAUAAUUGGCCUACUAUAAGCAACAGGCUGCCUCAAAACUGUGACGGCAUCAAAUCCUUUUGAAAGAUCUGUGAAAUGUAUGACUAAAGACUUUGAUACUUACGGCAUUAAUUCGUUUAUUUUUUGGGGUAAAAGUUAGGUCAUUAAAUCCGUACUUUACAAAUCCUUGUAGAUUGCAACUUAGCAUAAAUAAAAUAAAACGAAGAGGUUCAGUCAGCGGUAAGGAGAUCUAAGGAAUCAUUCUUAAAGAUGAAUAAGAGUACAUCAAAACACAGGAAAGGAAAGCAGAAAAGUGUCUGAUCAAGCAUAUAUCUACAUAAACUGACUUUUUUAAUAAUCACGGGUAUUUGAAUAAAGUCAUCCUCUUUUUCAAAGAUAUCAAAUAGCAAUUUGCGAGGAACUCUUUGGAAAGUUUUCUUAGGCAAGUCCGUUAUAUAUAUAGAGUGUGGUAUCUUAUUCCAAAGGCCAAGGUAGACCUUACCAAAAAGCGCAUUUCUCAAGUACCCUGUUCUUCUGGGUUGUGGUUGUUCAUAGUGGGACAGAACCCCAUACCCAUAGAUUAUGGUCAACCUCUUUUCUUUUGGUUGUCACGUGAUUGACCGAGCGUACGUACGUACGCGUCUACAGUUUGUACGGGUAGGGUAGGGGAGACUAUCAAAAGGAAGGGAGGGGUGUCUCAGGCGUGUCUUGCCAAGUCCACAUCUUUUACAUUGGACAUUCACAAUAUGGUCAAUUGACAGCUGUCAAAACAGGAUAGCCACUGACCAGUAUCCCAUGGCCAUAUCGCAGGCUCAUGUGUCAACACAUUGAGGUGACGUGAUUUAUUUGGAAGCUGUCCGCUGACCAGUUAAUUAUUUUACUAGAUCGCGAUCAAUGUUCAGUCCCAUACUUUCUAGCUAGUUUGGGAUCGGAGCACAGGAAAACUGAUACACGUCAAUGUUGUGAUCCAUUGACAGCUGUCAAAACAAGGUAUCCGCUGACCAGUAUCACUUGGCUGUAUCGCGGGCUCAGGUGUCGACCCAUCGAGGUCAAGUGUUUUUUGAAGUUAUCCGCUGACAAGGUACUCGUUUUCAAGUGAUCGCAGGCUCAGGUAUAACUAUUUUUAAAAUUCAUAUGAAAUAUGUUGUGCCGCACAAUUAAAAUUUUGAUUUCCAACUGACCUCGGACGCGAAAAUUCAGCCAGCUGCUACAGGCAGGGAAGACAGUUGCUUUUGACUUUUCUCGCCAUGUUUACGCGUUGGUCACGCUCUACGUCCAAUUUUUAUGCUCUGAUUGGUCAAAAUUUGACAGGUGAGUUCAUGUAGAAAUUUUAUGCAGCAUCUUGAAUCUUGUUUACUUUGACAGCUUAAGCUGACAGAGUUUUGUGUCAACUUCUGAUGUUUUUAGCUUUCUUUUUCCACUGGAUGUGCAAAAUGAAAUUCAGCUGCUAUCAGGAGUCUUCUGUUAUUCAUGGCUAGUUUGUUUAUUGGGUUUUUGGUUGAGUCAAAGUCGGAAAUCCGAUUUCGGAUGGCAUCGUUUUCGUUUUCAUCUUGCUUAUUAAUGCGUAAGAGGGUUGCAAACUGGCUGAAGCGAUACUGGCCUUACUUGAUACCUCUCAGGAGCUACAUCUCGAGUGGUAAGCCUAAGUAAUUAUUGUAUUUGAUGUUUGUUUUUUAUUCCUAAUUUAAUGAAGUAGAGCGUCGUUUAUGCGGCUAUUUUCUUUACGCACGUUUGUAAGAUUUGAGACAAUGAUCUGACCGAAUAUCAGGUUUGUUAUAAGCUUACAGAUCUUUAAAAAGCCUUUAGACAUUUUCUCACCGCAAAUAGAAAGAAAACGUUUCAAAGAAUAUUUAGUUAUAAUUCUGGCUGUAAAAGAAAGGUUUGAGCGAUUUUCUUGCCUCGAGUUCGUCUUUGAAAAAAGCAAACACCGGGAAGCCGGCUUAAAACAUAAACUUCAGCUUUAAGCUCGAAGACUCAGGAUUUUUAGAGACACUUUAAUACUUGUCUUCCUGAAUGAAAAUUGUCGUCUCUGUAUAUGUUUCACCGAAUUAUAUUUCUUUUAUUGACUGUUAGUACUCUCUCUUGUAAUUUUAAUCGUUGUGCCGAUUCAGUGUUUUCAGUCGUUCAGUAAACAACGCUUCCCGGAGUAUUCAAAAUGCCGCGCGUUAAAUAGAGAAUAAUACAUGGUCGCGCGGAGAUAUGGAAUUUAUCUUCUCGUGUUCACAUUCGAUAUCUCACUCGUUCGCUGCGCUCACUCGUUCGAUAUCGAUGUGAACACUCGAAGAUAAAUUCCAUAUCUCCAAGCGUCCAUGUACUAUUCUCUAUUUAACGCGCGGCAUUUUUGAGGAAACUUCUUUCGCAAACUCGCGAACGAUUGAAAACGAUCCUCGCCGAUCAAACACAGCAGCAAAAUCGUCAAAGCUGCAAGCUGCCGGCGCGUUGUGAUUUUCCCGCGCCUGAGAGAAAUGACCUCACAAAUUACUGAAAUGUGAUUGGUUUAUAAUUUCACAUGUAAAAAUAUCCUAUUUUUACGUGUGUUCAGAUACCACAUUUCUCGGUGGUAGAAAUCCUUGUAAAACACUGCAGUUUAUAUAAUAAACCGUUUUAAAAUAAAAAAUAAACAUAAUAAAUUCUUUAUUAUGUUGGAGCGUAACUGUGUUAACGUUCAUUCAAACACUCGCCACCGCUAGCACUUCAAAAGUCAGAACCGGCUGCCCGUAUAGAUGAUUUUGAAAAUUUUUUUAACGGUUUACGGCUAAAGCCCACGCGUGCUUCGAUCGUCCUGAAUAUUGAAUGGUAGCAAUUUGUAUCGCAAUAUUGUGAAAUACUGCAUUCUGUUGUCCGAGGUCUGCAUGAUAAAAACAGUGCUUGGUUUACACGCACCCAGAUUUGUUGGCAAGACAGUUUGUAAAGUAAACUUGUCGAACGCAAAAAAUUCGGCCGGAAUUUUUUUUCCAGGCCUAAUUAAUCUACGGUGAUCAAGAGCCAUUAUGGCUCUUAAUAUAAAUGUGAUCGAAGAUGAUUGCCAGUUUUUGGGCCUUUGUACUUAUGAGGCUAUCAACUCGAUGUGAGAUUUGGUUCACUCUUGGGCUGUUUGCAAAUUAUUUUUUGUAAAAUCACUUAGCCUUUCCCUGAAAAGUCACACGAAUGUGCUCUAAAGUUAACUGAAUUGUGGAAUACAAGUUUAUUGUUUGUCUUAAAUUAUAAAUUUAUUAAUGGGAGCCUCGCUUUUAGCCCUGGCUAAAUCUGUAUAUUACCAUUCCUGAUCGAAAGGACAUUUUGGUGAUUUUUUUAAAACAUAACUUAACCUUUUGUUCUUUCAGCAACGACCGCUGGGCCGUUUGUCCCAGUGGCUACUUUCUUCAAGGAAUAUAUCGUAACACUGGCAAAUGGCUUCAUCACAUAGAGGAAGGGCGCUGCGCUAGACCCAACAACUUGCCAACCAAAUGGUUGGAUUGCUAUGACCAUGAUAUUUCAUCAUCUUUCGACAAAAAAGGAUGGGGCCAGUGUGAUACGGAUUAUUAUCUUACUGGUAUCUAUAAAGGUGGUUGCGACAAGUUGUACUGUAUUGAAAAAUUGAAAUGUUGUAGUAUGUACGAUGGUUGUAAAAUGGCCAACUGGUGGCGGGGCUUUGAUAGAAAAGGGUGGGUCAAGUGUGAUUCAUCAAGCCACUACAUUACUGGGUUGUGGAGAAAUAACCCCAGGGGUUCAAAUGAUAAAAUCUCUUUGUUGGAGGAAGCAAAAUGCUGCCCCGCUCAAGCGCCGGAUCAAGGCACGCCAUCGACAUGUACAAACGCCAAUUGGUGGAGAGUGCUAGAUCUGUAAGUACAACAGAUUAAAUUUAAAAAGAGAGACUGUCUUAAUUUACAAUUAAUUCUUUGAAAAUAUCAAAUACACAUGUCAAUUAAAAGUGACUUUUUUCUGGUAUAACACUCAAAAAGGCUUCCUGCAUUAGACGAAAUAAAGUCGAAUACUCUUUUGGCCAGUCCGCUAUGUAUUAUUAGGUGCAGUGAGGCUAUGAAAGUGGAUAAUAGUGUUUUGUUUGCAACUCUGGGUUAAGUGUUCUGCUGCUAAGUCUUUUAAAAUAUAAUAACAACGUUCUUAAACAAUCGAACCUUUAUAACCAGUGCUCUAUCAUCAUGAGCAAGAUGCUCGACUCUUAUUUAGCUGAGAGGGUGUUAUCCCGAGGGGUGUUAAUCCCGAGGGGUGUUAUUAAGUCAUGGAUCAGUCAGAUUUUGCUCUCAAUAAUGACCGCAGGAAAGACGACUCUCUGUUCUAGAGGAAGCCUUGAAAAAAUUUAUUCGAAAAGAUACUUGACAUGGAUACACCUGAGUGACUGAAGCUUCCCUUUACUUUACUGAAAUAACUAAUUGUAAGACUAUUUUCGAUAUAUAUAAUUAUUAUUUAAAAUUCACACAAUGAUCCAUGCAAUGUAUAGUAUUUAGCUGCGAGGCUAGCUUGGGGAAUAAAACAAAAGAGUCGUCUUAAAGCUCGGCAAUGAAUGAUACGUUUCCUUUGUUUUAUUCCCCCAAGCCUCGGAGACAAGUGUGAAUUUUAAUAUAUCAAAAUUGGCGUAUUAAUGAAUCUGAAUUAACAGCUCACGUUCUCUUCCUUUUGACAGCACGAACGUGUGGGCUACUUGUCCUAACGGUUACUUUAUCCAAGGUUUCUAUCGAAAUAGCGGUGAUUGGUUGCACCACAUCGAGGAGGCCAGGUGCUGUAAGCCAAAAACAUUACCAAACAGAUAUGAGAGAUGCUACACAGAGGAUAUCGGGAGAAAGUUUGAUCACAUCGGGCUCAGCAAGUGUAAACAAAGUGGAUACUACGUGGCUGGUAUAUACAAGGGUGGAUGCGAUAGGCUUUACUGCAUUGAGAAGCUGAAGUGUUGCAAAAUGAAUGUUGGUAUGUUAUAGCUGACAAAUAAAGUAAGUAAGUAAUUUUUCCAGUAUAGUUCCUUUCAAGAAACCCACGGCAACGUGGUCGAGUGGCUAAGGUGCUGGAGUUGCACUUCGGAGACCACGAGUUAAUGUCCCGCCCUGAUCGAUUGCUGGAUUUCUUCUCGAAAGUCCCGACUUCAAGUCCUCGGCCAUGCUAGUCAAUAGCCAGCUGGCUUACCUCCGGCCAAUGGGGUUUCAGGCCUAUAAAUACUGCCGGGGGUAAAUAAUUAAAAGGAUAAUAAUGUUAUAAUUUUCAGCAGUUAUACUUAUCAGUUUAAUAAACGAACAGGAGUGCAUUAUCAGGUUAAAAAAUUCGAGGCGACGGUGAGAGUUUUUACACCUGAUAAUACAAGCCUGCGAGUUUUUUAACUGCUUCAAAAUCUGUGAUAUAGAUCAAUCCAUUUUUGCACUAACAUUUAGAUUUGGGGUUAUUUUGGUCUAAAAAACUGGAUGUAAAGUUAAGCCGUGUCUUAAACAGAUACAAGGACGCUCAUUCAUUCAUUCUUUAUGAAUUGUUAAUGAUUAUUUUCAACAGUUAUCUUGAUUUUUUGUGCUUUUGUCAGAUGAAUGCAGACUUUCCAAACCCUGCAAAAACGGUGGAACAUGUAUCGACCAGGCAGGAAGUUACAGCUGCAGAUGUAAAUCUGGAUACUCUGGCAAAAACUGCGAAACAGGUCAGAACAUGAUCCUUUGAUUUUAAUUUAGUUAGAUCAUGGAGAACACAAAAAUUAGGGUGGCAAUACUGAAUUUUGAAAAAAAAACCAUUUAUGUUUUAGACGUUAACGAGUGCUUGAAAAACCCAUGCAAGAAUGGGGCGGCCUGCAUAAACCUUAAGGGAAGUUAUCGCUGCAAUUGCAAAUCUGGUUAUACUGGGAAGGACUGUGGAACAGGUAUGGGCUUAAGCAUUUCUUUAUCAACUUUUUUUGGAGCAAUUAGCCCACUUUUCCUCGAGGACUUGUACCUUGAUCUUCAAAACACCAAAUUACUGAAUGGUAUGGCCUUACUUACACUGUACGAAAGUUUGGACUACUAAAAACAAGGGAAGAGGGGCCUCUCUCCGUUUUGAGACAUCCUGUUUGAAUAGUGGCACAAACUUUUACUGCCAUCUAAACUGAAUUCAUGUUUCAGACAUCAACGAGUGUACGAAAAAUCCAUGCAAGAAUGGGGCAAUCUGCGUAAACCUUGCGGGAAGUUAUCGCUGCUAUUGCAAAUCUGGUUAUACUGGGAAGGACUGUGGAACAGGUUUGGGCUUAAGCAUCUCUUUAUUUUGGAUCUGUUGCUGUAUACUUGAAGCCACACUAUUAAACCAAAAAAAAAAUAUCGGUGGAAAAGAGGAGUAAGCACAAGUAAGAUGUAAAACGCAGUUUUAAGUGAAAUAAACAAACCAAAACUGCCUAUCUUUCUAUGUCUAAAAUCCUAGAAAACAGCUUACAAAUUAUCGAUUGGUGGAAUUCUCGAUUGACGAAAUAAAAGCAGCCGUUAAAAUGAAUAAACCAAAGAUUUCAACUUGUUUAUUUAUUUGGAAGCAUGUCUUCACAGGCUGCUUUAACUGCCCAAUAAAUUUACAACACUUUGCGCUUUCAGAGGAACUGAAAACUUAAAAGUUUUCAGUUCCUCUAAAAGGGCAAGCCUUACAGCAUUAUAGUAAAAGAUGGAAGUUGAAUUUGCUGUGAUCAACUGUUUUUUGGGCAAAUAGCCUACCUAUCCUCUGGGACUUGUACCUUGAUCUUCAAAAUACCAAAUUACUGAAUGGUAUGGCUUUACUUACACUGUGCCAAAGUUUGGACUACUAAAAACAAGGGAAGAGGGGCUUCUCUCCGUUUUGAGACAUCCUGUUUGAAUUGUGGCACAAACUUUUACUACCAUCUAAAUUGAAUUCAUGUUUCAGACAUCAACGAGUGUACGAAAAAUCCAUGCAAGAACGGGGCAACCUGCGUAAACCUUAAGGGAAGUUAUCGCUGCUAUUGCAAAUCUGGUUUUACUGGAAACACCUGUGGAACAGGUAUGGGCUUAAACAUCUCUUUAUUUCGGAUCUGUUACAGUAUAACUUGGAGCCACACUCUUAAACCCAAUUAAUAAGCAGUGGAAAAGAGGAAUAAGCACGAAUAAGAUGUAAGACGCAGUUUUAAGUGAAAUAAACAAACCGAAACUGCCUAUCUUUUUAUGUCUAAAGUCCAAGAAAACAGCCUACAAAUUAUCGAUUGGUGGAAUUAAUACGAUUGACGAAAAAGCAGUCGUUAAAAUGAAUAAAGCAAAGAUUUCAACUUGUUUAUUUAUUUGGAAACAUGUCUUGACUGUUUUAACUACCCAAUAAAUUUACAACAAUUAAGGUUUACCUUGAAAGCGCAAGCCUUGCAGCCUUAUAGUAAAAGAUGGAAGUUGAUUUUGCUGCGAUCAACUGUUUUUUGGGCAAAUAGCCCACCUAUCCUCUGGGACUUGUACCUUGUUAUGAUCUUCAAAACAUCAAAUUAAUUACUGAAUGGUAUAUGGCCUUGCUUACACUGUACGAAAGUUUGGACUACUAAAAACAAGGGAAGAGGGGCUUAUCUCUGUUUUGAGACAUCCUGUUUGAAUUGCAGAACAAACUUUUACUGCCGUCUAAACUGAAUUCAUGUUUCAGACAUCAACGAGUGUACGAAAAAUCCAUGCAAGAAUGGGGCAAUCUGCGUAAACCUUAAGGGAAGUUAUCGCUGCUAUUGCAAAUCUGGUUAUACUGGGAAGGACUGUGGAACAGGUAUGGGCUUAAGCAUCUCUUUAUUUUGAAUCUGUUGCUGUAUACUUGAAGCCACACUAUUAAACCAAAAAAAAAAUAUCGGUGGAAAAGAGGAAUAAGCACAAGUAAGAUGUAAAACGCAGUUUUAAGUGAAAUAAACAAACCAAAACUGCCUAUCUUUCUAUGUCUAAAAUCCAAGAAAACAUUAUAGUAAAAGAUGGAAGUUGAUUUUGCUGUGAUCAACUGUUUUUUGGGCAAAUAGCCUACCUAUCCUCUGGGACUUGUACCUUGAUCUUCAAAAUACCAAAUUACUGAAUGGUAUGGCCUUACUUACACUAUACCAAAGUUUGGACUACUAAAAACAAGGGAAGAGGGGCUUCUCUCCGUUUUGAGACAUCCUGUUUGAAUUGUGGCACAAACUUUUACUACCAUCUAAAUUGAAUUCAUGUUUCAGACAUCAACGAGUGUACGAAAAAUCCAUGCAAGAACGGGGCAACCUGCGUAAACCUUAAGGGAAGUUAUCGCUGCAAUUGCAAAUCUGGUUUUACUGGAAACACCUGUGGAACAGGUAUGGGCUUAAACAUCUCUUUAUUUCGGAUCUGUUACAGUAUAACUUGGAGCCACACUCUUAAACCCAAUUAUUAAUCGGUGGAAAACAGGAAUAAGUACGAGUAAGAUUUAAAAGGCAGUUUUAAGUGAAAUAAACAAACCUAAACUGCUUAUCCUUGUAUCUCUAAAGUCCAAGAAAACAGCCUACAAAAUAUCGAUUGGUGGAAAUCACGAUUGACGAAAAAGCAGUCGUUAAAAUGAAUAAACCAAAGAUUUCAACUUGUUUAUUUAUUUGCAAACAUGUCUUGACUGUUUCAACGACCCAAUAAAUUUAUAACAAUUAAAUUUUACACUGAAAGGGCAAGCCAAGCAGCGUUAUAACAAAAGAUGAAAGUUAAUUUUGCUGUGAUCAACUAUUUUUGGAGCAAAUAGCCCACCUUAUAGCUUCCCUCCGGGACCUGUGCCUUGAUCUUCAAAACCCCAAAUUACAGAAUGGCAUGACCUUACUCACACUGUAUACCAAAGUUGGAAUACUAAAAACAAUACUACUAAAAACAAUGUCUCCGUUUUGAGACGUCCUAUUUGAACUUCGAAACAACGAAAACUUUAAAACUACCGUAUAAACCGAAUUCAUGUUUCAGACAUCAACGAGUGCACGAACAAUCCAUGCAAGAACGGGGCAACCUGCGUAAACCUUGUGGGAAGUUAUCGCUGCAAUUGCAAAUCUGGUUAUACUGGGAAGAACUGUGAAACAGGUGAUCCAGCAGCAUCCCUUUAUUACGGAUCUGUUACCAUAUAAUUCGGAAGAAUACCCUUGAACCCCAAGUAAUAAUCAGUGGGAACUAAGAAGAAUUGGUACGAGUAAAAUGUUAAUACAUUGUGAACAGAAAUGGAUAUUUGAAACCAACAACUGACUGCCCACCUUUUUAUGUCCACUAUUACAAUGGUCGUCUGGUGGGAUUUCCGGAUAUACUGAUAAACAAACAGUUGCUAUACACUGUAAAUCAGAAAGAUCUGUUUUAGCCCUAACAAUAGGGCCGUUUCGGUGAGUCAAAUACAGUCAUAUUUUUGGGUCUAAUUAGACUCCUGUAAUAAGGGCCAAUACAGUUCAAUUACCUAGGACUGAUUUGGACCGAACGGAGGUUAAUUGAGUCUCAGCCUGGGUUGGAACAGCCUUUGAUGGGGCUGUUUUGGCUUAAAUUGUGGUCAAUUGGCUCCAGGUAGCAGACUUUGGCCUGCAGGGCUAAAUUGGCUUUUUCAGGGCUGAAACAGAUCUAGUGUAGAAUGAAAAAAAACUAGUCGGAGAGGCCUUCAACUUGUCUAUAUUUACCGGGGGUUUUCUAUCCCCCCCUUCAAAUUAAGACAAUUAAAGUUACAACCUUAGAACAAGAAAGAGAUCCUAUUCUAACUGCGAAACAUCGAGAACUUUACUGUCGUCCAUUUUUACGCUUCAGACAUCAAUGAGUGUACGAACAACCCGUGCAAGAACAGUGCAAGCUGCGUAAAUCUUGCGGGAAGUUAUCGCUGUGAUUGCAAAUCAGGGUAUACUGGCAACAACUGCGAAACAGGUAAGAACGUUGCACAGUUCUUUCGGAAAAUUUUUAUGCCUUUUCAAGCCUUUUUAGCAUCAAUCACUCAGAGUAGUCAUGGAUCUUACUUGAUGAAGAAGUCUCGGUUCUAGGAGUUGUCUCUGAUCCCCACUACCUCUUCUUGACUUUUGUAUAGCGGUUCGUUUUCUGUACCUUUGUCUUUUCUGGGACAGAAUCUUUAUUUAUUACUGUCUAUAGCGAAGCUCUCGGGCGAAGCGCGCCAGCGGAGCACCAUGGGUAAGAAACUAAAGCAAUCUACCCUUCCGAGAAAUUUUGGUAGUCACGUGACCGUACACUGACCGACCGUCCGAGCGACGGUCCGUCCGCACCACAGGCAUACCAAUGCAAAAUAACUCAAUCAACAGAUGGCAACCCAAAUGCAACUAGAGGUUAUUUUGGCAGAAAAUCGCAGAGCCACCGGCGUCUUGUAAAGUAGAGACAACUAAAGAGUCAGUAAACACGAAAACGGAAAGCAGAGAUUGUUUCUGUAUCCGUGUUGUGUAAAGUAUUUAGCUUAGAUUAAUUGUCAUGUCCACAAAUUUGGAAUAUAGAGCAGGCGGCAGGCCAGCGAAGCUCAACGAGAAAAAAGCAAAGGAGACAUUUUUUUUGUUGGAAGUACAACAUGAAAAUUUUGUAGCGGCGGUGACAAAACUAGAAAUGCCAGCGGUUACCAAUGCAAGAUUAAAAUGAGCGGCAGUAAAGAAAAAAAAGUGAACGAGAACACGUACGACAUUUCCUCCAUAAAACGUGUAACUAAGAAGUUUCUGCAAGUUUCACGUUGUAGUCGUGCAAAACAACGGAAAAGAAAUGUACAAAAAAAGUCUGCUGCACGUGCAAAGUUGCUUUUAUUGCUAAUUAGACCUAUUGUUAUUUUUCACUGUUCUCCUGCUUUCCCUUCGUCGUUUAGCAUUACGUGAUUUAAUAUUUGUUUGAACAAACUAUACGUAACAAAUAUUAUCGAGAGCUUCGCUUUUGGCCCUGGCUAAAUUUAUAUACUGUAUUGAAACAGGGAAAUCCAACGACGGUUUUCUCCUUGAAAACACUUUUUAGGCAAUCAAGAGUAGAUACAUAUAUCUAGAAAGGCUUUUUAAGCGGAGCUAUAAAAUUUGUAUCCGUUUGGUCAUCCAAGGGGAACUUGUCUUGAAUGAGUCUUUUCGAAAUUACAAGAGAUUCAGUCUUAUUUUCCCCGAACAUUUUAGAGGCAAUUUAAUGUAUUAUGAAUAUUAUUAUUUCUGAUUCCCCUCUCCGUGAUAUUUUUGAAUCCGAAAAUUUUAGGUUUCCUUUUUUCUACGAAAAAUAGUCUAACCUUGGGAGUGAAAUGUGAAAAAUUAAACUGCAGAAAAUCCUAGGGAAUUUCAGUCUGAUGAGCUCCGAAAAUUGUACACGGAUAGAACGGUCAUCUAGAAAUUUUUAGCCUUCCUCAGGUAAUAGCUUCUCCAGACAAUUUACAGAAAACAGUCGUUGCCGAGUCCCCUUUGAAAGUGCAUUUUUGAAUAAAAGCGGCUGUGAACCUUGUGCAUAUUCUUGUUCAUUGUUUUGGUCCAGUCAUGGUUACGUUGAUACACGACCCGACAGUCAGGCAAGCCAGUACCCAAGAUAGCAGUGAACACAGACCAACACAAAGGCAACAUAAAAAACACAAGAGUAGUGUGAUGUUGGAAUGAUGUAAACAAUUUACAGUUUCGCAGUUUUCAGUUUUAGGUUUUAAGUUUGCAAUCAAUCUUAACCCGGCCUUCCAAUCAUAGUACACAACCAAGACACCUUUAAAUUUUCAGUGUAAAAAGAGGAAGAAUAAAUACAAUGUAGCAGCCAAACGGUGACUUUCUAUUCAACUUAUUUCUUACGAAUUUUUUGAAGUCAACGAGUGUGAGUCUUCUCCCUGCAAGAACGGAGCCGCAUGUAGGGAUAUGGUUGGGGGCUACCGCUGUUACUGUUUAGCAGGAUACACUGGAAACAACUGUGACACAAGUAACUUUGAAUACUGUAAACUCUCUAUGAGACGGACACCUUCGGGACCGGCCAUGACCGUCCGUCUUAAAGAGGUGACCCACUUCUAGAGAGAAACUAUAACGCUGAGCCCAUUCGUAAUGAAAAAGACGUCUGUUAAGCUUGUUUGUUAUUGCAUUCAAAAUAUUUCCCCAAUUCUGAUUGGCUAAAAGCAUACGCAUAAUUUACCAUAACCAGUUACUGAUGACCAAAUUUGGAAGAAUUUGUAGCAUAUUUGCGUAGCUGGACAAACCUAAACGAACAGCAGAAAAGUGGAAUCAUAUCAUUUUCUCAUUGUGCAACCAAUCAUUCAUUCAGAAAGGAAACAUUCACUGCUUCGUGGUCUAAAAGCAAAACAAUAUAUAAUAUGAAUUAUGUUAACUGGAGCGAGACAAAAAAAUGAUAAAAAGUUUACUAUUUACUAUCAGGUAGAGCACGUACAUUUCCUUUUUGAGGUAGUUUUUACGUCAUAAACUCUUCUCAGGUGUCCGUUGACGGUUUCAAAAGUGUCCGUUGUCCGUCCAAGAGAGGUGCCAGUCUUAUAGAAAAACGGCAUAGCCAACAUCAGGUGUCCGUCUUAGUUAGAGAGGUGUUCGUCUUAUAAAGGUGUCCGUUAAGACAGAGUUGACUGUAAAUAUUUUUGACUGUAAAUAUUUUACACGGGGAAACAACUGCAUCGUCUUGUGCAGUAUUCCGAGAUAUUCAUUUUUAGUAAAAUCCAACUAUCAAUGCUGCGUUCUGAUUGGUUGAGCUACUACUAGGCUAUAUGUUAUAGCCCACUAGUAGCCAAAAGUGCAUGCUUUGAAAACCAAAACAAUGGUGGCUGAAUCGCGUUUUGCUAGCUUAAGUUGUUUUGUCUCGAGAUUUUUGACCAACUAGUUGGAUUUUACUAAAACAAUUAUAAUUCCUCUCGCCCUCAUGGCCUCUCAGUCAAUACCCAACAGGCCGAAGGCCGAAUGGGCUAUUGACUCAGAGCCCAUUCGGGUUCGUGGAAUAAUUGUUAAAUAUCUCCAAUGUGUGGGCACAGAUCGCCCCGAGUAAGGGAAUCCAAGACAGUCUUGGAUUUUGGGUUCCGGUAAUUGGAUUCCGGAUUCUUUGUCAUGGAAACUACUAGGAUUCCGGAUUCCAAUCAAUAGCGAGAUUCCGGAUUCCUUGAUUUGUAUUCCGCAUUCCAAAGCUCAGGUCUAGAAUUUGGGAAUCCACAAGCAAAAAUUUUCCGGAUGUCGGAAUCUGGAUUCCUUUACAUGGGGCGACACGGAAAUAUCAAUCGCUGGCGCACUCGAUUUUUUUAUUCUCAAUAGUCCAGAGCCCACCUUGUUGAUUAAGAGCAGCCAACUGAUUUAACUCCAGCCAGAUGGGGUUACGUCAUUCAUUUUUUCUGCGGCCUCAUGAAAUUUGCAUCGUAAACUGCUCGGUUACCAGUAAAAAAUAGAAAAUUUAGUGUUUGUUACUGAUUUACUCCAAUCCAAAACGUAUGUAACUCCAAUGCAGACAUCAACGAGUGUGCCCCCGCUCCAUGCCAGAACGGAGCCACUUGUGUGGAUCAAGUUGGAAGUUAUCGCUGUGAUUGCGUGGCAGGAUACACUGGAAGCAACUGUGAAACGAGUGAGUUGAAUCUUCUAAUGUAUUUACCCCAAAAAAGGCCACCUAGAAUUUUCGGGAGCCUUUUCCUGGCUGAAAUUUUCGAAAAGGUAAGUUUUGAUCCCUAUAAUUUUCGGAUCACUAGACUUUCAGCUAGGAAAUCCGAACAGAUGAAAAGUUUUUAGGGGAUAAAAAUAUGCCUAUAUCUACCGUUUAAAUACUAAAAUACGUUCAACAAUGCUAUGUUAAGUGGUUUUGAACUAUAUUCUCGUUGGGUGCCCCUGAUACGGUACGUUCGUAAGCCCAUUGAUCAUAAAAGAAAAGAAGAAAAUUGUUUCUGUUCCUUUAAAAUUCGUAGAUAUAAACGCGUGUGCACCUGAUCCAUGCCAGAACGAAGCUACAUGUACGGAUCUUGUUGGAAGUUAUCGCUGUGAUUGCAAGGCUGGAUACACUGGAAGCAACUGUGAAACAAGUAAGUUGAACAUAACCCCCUCUUCUCAUGGUUUAAUUAUAUUCACACACUAUAUGUUAGUUAUACCAUUGAUCAUAGAAGAAAAGAAGAAAAUUGUUUCUGUUCUCUUUUUAAAUCGUAGACAUCAAUGAGUGUGUACCUAACCCAUGCCAGAACGGAGCCACAUGUGUGGAUCAAGUAGGAAGUCAUCGUUGUGAUUGUUUGACAGGAUACACUGGAAGCAACUGUGAAACAAGUACAUUAUAUACUUUCUUCUCUUGGUUUAAUUAUCUUCACAAGUGUUAUUUAUCCCAUUUAUCAUGAAACGAAAUUGUUUCUGUUCCCUUUUUAAAUGGUAGACAUCGACGACUGUGCGCCUACUCCGUGUAAAAAUGGAGCCACGUGUGUGGAUCUUGUUGGAAGUUAUCGCUGCAAUUGUCCAUCUGGAUACACUGGAAGCAACUGCGAGACAAGUAAGUUGAACCUAAAGCAAGUCGUUUAACAGUAUAACCUUUCAAAACUUUUCAAGCAGAUUAUGAACUGAACAGUUUUAUGGAAUAAAUGUGUUUUUCGAUUAACAGGUGUAAAUACGUGCGUACCAGAUCCCUGCUUAAACGGAGCCACGUGUGUGGAUCUUGGUGGAAGUUAUCGCUGUGAUUGCGUGGACGGAUUUUUCGGAGUAAAUUGCGAAGGUAAACCUAAUGGAAAGCGAAUGGUUUUCUGCAGAUUGGUGAUUAACAUUUCAACCCCGAAUUAAAUUAUCUGACUGAUUGGCCGUUGGUGAGACAACACUUAACAAUGAUUGAGUCCUGCCUCAAUUUGUAUUAUGGGAGUGGCUUUGGAAGGCUAUGUCUUCUUCUCUUGGCUCGUACGAAUUUGCGCAGAAAAAAGGUUCAAAAUUCGUCUUUCAAAAGAUUCCUUUAGUGCAAUAAUCGACACCAGAUCGGCCCAAUCUAUCACAUGACCUUUAAAUUCCAGUAUGGGCUCCUGCCAAUAUCCCCACCCGCACCCCCGCCCCUCGCCUCUCGACUCGACUUUAAGACGAUUUUAGAGACUAAACCUAGUUCGUAGUUCGUUUUUAAGAUACCAGGGGUAUAAAAGAAGCAACCUUUACCUCAACUGCAGUUGUAAAGGCCGCUCAGCAGUUUAUUACAAAUGGCCGAACGUAACCAUAGAAAACAAAGGAACAAAUUGUUUUGCUUUCAUGUAUGAGCAUUUAGCGUUAACUCUUAAACUCGGUCAGUUUGUUUUGAAGAUUCAGCUGAUUGCAAGUAAUAAUAAUAAUAAAAGAACUUAAUGGUGUGUUUCAGUCCCUCAAAAACGAGAAACUGGGCUCAGUUUCUUUUAAAAAAUAAAAUCCCUUCCUUUUUACUUUGCAGAAGCAGAUGAAUGUCAGGACUACUGAUCACCUGGCAAAAGCUGGCGAAAGGUAGUGGUCCAUCAGUAGAAAAAUGUUAUUUACUUACUGUCUAUCUAAACUAUUGUAGAUCAGACUAAUUUCCGUUGGGAAAUAUCAAGGUUGCUAGGGAGACGGAGGGAGAUCACCUUGUUGUACUUUAAGACCACAUGAAGUAAACUAUUACAUUACUGACUCAGACUAUUAUUCAGUCAAUGAGCGCUCCACAUUACACACAAUAAUGUGCAAUUUACUUAAAACUUCAUGUGGACAGAACUGCUUGCGUUUAGUUGAGGAUUAGAGCUAGGAGACACUUUGUGAUAUCUAUCAUUAGGAGCAUGAAGCUCUGGCCAUACUAAAUGUUCGUUUUGAUUAUCUCUAUCGCAGGGCUGAUCAUUUAUCAUUUGCAGUGCACAAGAGGAAAACUGUUCUGAACUAUGAUUGAGCAUAAAUCUUUAAGUGUGAAUGUAACUUGUAGAAUAGAAGAGAUAUAACAUUAAAGUUACUGAUUCAGAACAAAAGCGGAGGAAAGUGUAUUUAUUUCUCCCAAAAUAGUCACAUAAUCUAGAGUCUAGUUUUUGGAAAGAUUUAUAUACCCUGGGACCAACAGCAACUUUUAAGCUCAAAAGGUCACGUAGGCAUAUGAGACGUGGAUAAAGCAAAGUGGUGGAGACAGAUUAAAAGGCUGACCGGCCAGGACGUCAAACAGGAUUGGCACUACCAGUUCCUUGACAAUGACAUGGAUAUCAAGUCAUUAGCAAACAAGAUCAAUGACUAUUGUAGGUCUUACUGAUCACUUUGCCCCUCUACGUCAAGUGCCACGCCCGUAUCCGUCCCACACGAAUGCCUUGUUUCUGAGGGGGAAGUCCUCAGAUCUCUGUCACUUAGCGACAAAAAUUGCAUUACUGAUGACGUAAAAUAUGUACGGAAUCCGAUCAGAAGCCCUGAUUGGUCGACGGAGUAGUUACAUUGUUUUAGCGAAUGACAGACAACAAAUAAAAGGCCAUAAAGGUCAAAUGUAAACAAGACGAAUCUCUAACAAAACAGUCAAUAUUUGCGGAAUUUAGUCUUCUCUAGAAAAAAGCAUUUGAGUUUUGCCGGAGCUCGUUCGUAGAUGAACACAUCACUUUACCAAAAUCGACCAGGAGAAACGUAAAAUUGAACAAAUUUGCAUUUGGAAUCCCAUGACUACCUGAUUUUUUUUUUAAAAAUUGAUUUACGUCAUCACCAUGGAAUUUCUGUUGCUGAGUCCGCGCGAAACUUCGCCAGCGGCAAAGAGCGAGCAGAAACGGAUGUUUUCGCAGGCUAACCUGACAACAUCCCGAACAAGAUCUUGAAGGCUCCCAUUAUCUGUGACAGUUACAACCAGUCGUUAACGAAGGGGUAUAUUUCAUCUCUGCUCAGGUACUUCAUCGUUACCCCGUUUACCAAGGUGUGCCCGCCCGAAGCCAUCGAAAACGAUAUAAGACCGAUAUCCCUCACCUGCACAGUAUCAAAGAUCAUGGAGGGCUUUACGUGCGCCAGACUUCUACCCCAGUUGGAAGACAAGAUUGAUCCUCGGCGGCAGUAUGCUCGCAAGGGGCAUUGGACAUUAGAUGCUCUCCUAUACACUUCAAGCGAUAUACGAGGCGGUGGACUUGCAGUGGUGAGGCUUUUGCUCGGGCCUUUUUCGCUGAUUUCUCUAAGGGAUUUGAUCAGUUAUUGAUCACACUAUUCUAAUUCAAGAACUGGGCGUAGGUGACGCAACAGAAAAAAAACAUGGAAAAUAUAAAAACAAAACUGUAAAAAUGUUAAUUCUCUUCAGAUAAAUUGAAUCUGCAGAAAAUUUGAUUUGUCUCCAUAUUUCUGAAGGCGAACGCAGGUGAAACUUCAGUCUUGAAUUGCUCUCUCUUUCUUGUUGUAAAGUAAAUUCAACCAACGACCUUGUCAGAUUUCGUUAACUAAAUUUUGCCCAUAGCACACUGUCAGGUGAUUGUCAUGUGUCAAGGUAGUUGCUUAUCGAAAACGUGGUGUAUUUUAACAAGUAUCAGUACCACUUGUCUUUUGCGCAGGUGCAAAUGACUUGAAUACAAGCAGUAUUUCUUUUUAUCGGUUGUUUAUUGAGGGUCUGCAUUUCAUCCUUCCCUGCGCCAAGUUUUUCGCUUAGUAAGAAACAAAACUGACACCGGUUGUUUAAAAUCGUCAAAUCUAUGGUAACUGAUUAUGCAAUAUAAUCAGGAGAGGAUCUAGGAUAAAUACUGACCGAUUUCCUAAACGAGCGCCGAAGCAAGCGCAAGCUUGGCCUGGGGGGGGGGGGGUCAAGGACAUGCUCCCCCGGGAAAUUUAUUUUUGGGAUUUUAACUUUCAAAAGUCCCCUUUUCUGGAUUUCUGAGUCAUUCAGACAGGAUAUUGGUAAGUUUCAAUGGUUAUUAUUAUUGUCCAAACCGGUAGUUGAUAUAAGGAGAGUUUGCUCCGCUCGCUCUAGAGCUCUUACAAAAUGCUCUCCCAAUUUAUUCGUUCCUAUAUAUUACCACACCAUUUACCAGAUUUCAACUUGGAAAGUCUUUUUAUUAAAAGUAUAUUUAUUUAUGAAACAUCUGACCGAUUUCCGUAAAACGUUGGAAACCGGUGUGGAUCCACGCCUGAUAAUCUUUCGUUGGAAAAUAGAUUUAAUCUGAACACCGUUACAAUUAACCCUGGUUGCAAGAUAUGGAAUUAAAACAAUCGAGAGUGACAAGUUUUUCAAAGAUUAGUCUCGACUGGGUCUCUUUAUUGCCGGUUUGGAAUUCUCUUCUUUGCCGCCUUCAUCAAAAGUUGACGGUUUUAAUAUACCUACAUCGAUCGACGUUUUGUGAGAGAAAGUAAUAGCUGAGCAGUGUUACUGAGUUUCACGGCAUGGUUAAAAAUGGAACAAAGAAUUUGUUUGCUAGUUCCUUUGUUUAUGGUUUGUUUUAUCGGGUUAAAAAGAAAAACGCGAUCGUGAGAGUAAAGAUGCGUCAUUUUUUAUUCAGAUAAUUUCCAACUACUGACAAUGGCAAUUAGCAAUUGCGCUGUUCAGUAAAAUUAAAUUCCUUAGUAUCUAAAAAAGAAACUUGAACUUAAGCCGACGAUGAGUAGGCCGACUGCAACCCAAGCUAGUAAAUUUCAUAAAUAAUUCUGAACAAAGGGACCGGAAAUGGCCUGUAACCGGUCAAGGUUUUCAAAAUACUAAAUGACCGGCAGUCCUGUCUUUUCAGUAAAUUUCACAAAUCGAAAAAAUCCGGCUAAACCAAAUUAUCGCACAUAUAUGUCGAUUUAGAAAAGUCAAGGGACCCUGAAAUACGUUAUGGAUCUCAAGAAUAGCGUUUCACGGGUUCACGCUGGGUUCAGAAUUAAGACGAAACCCAGAGGACGAAACCAUAUGUUUUGUAAACUUUUUUCAGCACGACCGUGCCGGUCAAGGUUUUCAAAACACUAAAUGACCAGCAGUCUUAUACUUUCAGUAAAUUUCGCUUGACUUUUCUUAAUCGACAUACGAUAGUUUGGUUUAGCUGGAUUUUUUCGAUUUGCCGAGUGAAAUUUACGGAGAAUAUAGGACUACCGAUCAUUUAAUGUCUUGAAAACCUUGACCGGCAGUCGAGCUGAAAAAAGUUUCAGGUGUCACAAAACGUGGUUUCGUCUUCUGAGCCCAGCGUAAACCAAUUUAUCGGUUAGUCAAGGGCUAAACAAAAGGCUAAUUUAAUGUACAAGUGCAUUUAUUUAAUAAUCUCGCCCCAGCUUAUCUCUGUAAUUUGUUUGCCCCAAGAACACAGAAUUACUAUUGUCGCGAAGAAACAAUUAAUGCUCCCAAAACCAAGAACUGAUUACCUGAAGCGUUAGCUUCAGUUACCGAGUGGCGCUGUUCUAUGGAACAAUCUUCCUGAGGAAAUACGUACAUCAAAUUCCUUAUAAGUUUCUUUAAGAGAAGUUCCCAUAGACGGUUUUCUGAUCAGUACUCCCACACGGCAAAUAUGUAAAACAGUUUUUGAGAAUUUUUAAUUAAUUUUUUUUGUUAGACUGAUGCUUUUAACCGUGUUUAAAUAAAGUUAUCAUUCAAACGCUAGACUUGAGAUCUAUAAAGCAUUUCAGGAUCGCUUGACUUUUGUUAAUCGACAUGAUGAUUUAGAUGAGCUGGAAUUUUAGAAACUGGGAUAUUCACUGAGAAUCAGGACCGUGACUGCCGGUCUUUUUGUGUUUUGAAAACCUUGACCGGUUACCGGCCAUAUAGCCACUUCGCUUAACGCUAUAAAAUAACGCUUAAUCUACAUGUUGGUUAAUUCUACUUGAAAACAAGGGAGGUCACAGAUUAUUUCGACUUGAUUGAUGCCUCAUUUCAGGUCAUACCAACAUUUCUUUCAAGACAAUGUUUUUUUUGUCUUCCUUUAAUCAGCUGAUCAUACACUAAAAAGGUGAAAAUUUCAGUCAUUUUCCUUACGUUAAUAGGAUCCAGCGCUCCUUGUGUUGAAAUUCGUUAGUGUAUUAGUGCAUCAUUGUAGAGGAAGAGAGCAAGAAGCCUCCAAACUAUUCGCCGGGUGGAACAACCUUUAGUUGUAAAAGUUGUUUCGGAAAUUUCCGAAGAAGUAUUAUUUGACCGUCUUUGAUAAAAAACUGGAACAACCUUUAUAAAAAGUGUUUCGGAAAUUUCUGGAGCACAUUUUGCGACCGUCAUUAGAAGACGUCUGGGAAAAUACAGAAACUGUUUCGGAAAUUUCUGAAGCAACAUUUUGUGACCCUCUAUAAAUAAGUUCUGCAUGAAACCAUAAAAUAAACAGUGUUUUGGAAGUUGACCUGUAUCUCUUCAGUUUUUUUGAGACUUAAAGUGUUUCGGAAAUUUCAGAAACAACAUAUCUGCAGGGCAACCCGCCUCAAUACAACGCAAUUUCGAGACACUGCUCUAAUAAAAUUUGUUUCGAAAAUUUCUAAAGCAUCAUUUGGUGCCGUCACUUUAAAAUUUGUAAAGGAUCGAUUACUAAAGACAUAGGGGUCUUGAGAAUUCUUUAUUUUAGCAUUUUUUUAAACUACUAAGGAAUUUCCAGUUACGUUUAAAAAAAGCGUCCUCGAAGGUUAUUUCAGCCAAGGUAAAGUUUACCCUUAAGAAAUGACACUUCUUUUAAUCAGCUGAUCAUACACUAAAAAUGUGAAAAUUUCAGUCAUUUUCCUUACGUUAAUAGGAUCCAGUGCUCUGUGCUGAAAUUCGUCAGUGUAUUAGUGCAUCAUUGCAGAGGAAGAGAGCAAGAAGCCUCCAAACUAUUCGCCGGGUGAAAAAAGAAAUAGGAAAACCCAGAAAGAAACAGAGAUCUUGAUAUGACCUUGAUGUCAACUGCUAUCUCUAAUAACUGACAUAAACUAAACUACAUUCAUGAUUUGUUAGCAGACAUGUACUGCAUGCUACAUUGUAAUAAUUGACUAAAUCAGCUGGGAGUUCCUCUCAUUUACGGUCAAUGGUCGUUCUGUUCAUUUCUCACCCAAAACUUUGUGACCGUCUUUAGGAGAAAUCUGGAACAACCUUUAUUUGUAAAAGUCGUUUCGGAAAUUUCCGAAGCAGUAUCAUUUGACCGUCUUUGAUAGAAAUCUGGAACAAUUAACCGUUAUAAAAAGUGUUUCAGAAAUUUCUGGAUCACAUUUUGCGACCGUCUUUAGAAGAAAUCUGGAACAAUAUAGAAACUGUUUCGGAAAUAUUUUGCGACCCUCUAUAAAUAAGUUCUGCAUGAAACCAUAAAAUAAACAGUGUUUUGGAAGUUUCCGAAACGCAUUCGGUGAACCGUAUCUCUUCAGUUUUUUGAGACUUAAUUAAGUGUUUCGGAAAUUUCAGAAACAACAUAUCUGCAGGGCAACCCGCCUCAAUACAACGCAAUUUCGAGACACUGCUCUAAUAAAAUUUGUUUCGGAAAUUUCUAAACCAUCAUUUGGUGCCGCCACUUUAAAAUUUGUAAAGGAUCGAUUACUUAAGACAUAGGGGUCUUGAGAAUUCUUUAUUUUAGCCUUUUUGUAAACUACUAAGGAAUUUCCAGUUAAGUUGAAAAAAAGUGUCCUCUCAAAGGUUAUUUCAGCCGAAGGUAAAGUUUACCCGUAAGAAAUGACACUUUUUAGUGAUUAAAUUUCAGACUAGAUUUUCAUUUUCGGCAAAAAUUUAAAACAAGACUUAAUUUUCAGUUGAUUUCUUUUCGUUUUAGAAUAUCUUAGUUCACUUUAGAACGUGUUCGACCAAUUUAUGACAUGCUUAGAAUAAUUAUGUUAAGUAUAUUUACUUAUCGUUACUAAUAUGUUCACUCAGCUGUAAUGGCCAACACGUCCGUUCACCAUUACCUCUGCAAUAAAUUUUAGCCUGGUCUGAGUCCCAUCCUCAUUUCAGGUCAUACAACAUUUCUUUCAAGGCAAUGUUUUUUUCGUCUUCCUUUAAUCAGCUGAUCAUACACUAAAAAUGUGAAAAUUUCAGUCAUUUUCCUUACGUUAAUAGGAUCCAGCGCUCUGUGCUGAAAUUCGUCAGUGUAUUAGUGCAUCAUUGCAGAGGAAGAGAGCAAGAAGCCUCCAAACUAUUCGCCGGGUGAAAAAAGAAAUUAAAAAAAUACGAAAACCCAUAAGGAAACAGAGAUCUUGAUAUGACCUUGAUGUCAACUGCUAUCUCUGAUAACUACAAAUAUCACCUACAUUUAUGAUUUGUUAGCAGACAUGUACUGCAUGCUACAUUGUAAUAAUUGACUAAAUCAGCUGGGAGUUCCUCUCAUUUACGGUCAAUGUUCGUUCUGUUCAUUAUGCAUACUCGCUGGCACUUAAAGGAGCUGUGUCACGAAAUUCAGCCAAAUUAGGAAAUUACGAAAUGCCUGUUAAAUUAAGAGAAAUAUAAAAAUAACCGCUUAAAAUUUUAAAGGAAGGUUAAAAUAACAUAACAGAAACAACAGAUGCCACGGAUGGGCAAAACUGAAGAAGACUGAAACGGAUUGAAAUUAUGAUUUUUGAAAAACGGUUCAGCCUAACAGUUUUUCAAAGUUGAUCCUUGCUGCUUGCAACUUCAAAAAUAGGCUCAAGAGACAUAUUUGUUUGUCUCGGAUCUUUGAUUUUGUCAUUUACAUGUAAUUUCUUUGCUUACUUUAGUUCCAUAACGAUUGAGGGCGAGUAAUUGGCAAAAUUAAACAAAAUUAACUGGACUGCCGUGACACAGCCCCUUUAAACAAUCGUUAUAAAAACUGCUUCGGGAAUUUCUCAUCCAACACUUUGUGACUGUCUUUAAGAGAAAUCUGGAACAACCUUUGUUUGUAAAAGUUGUUUCGGAAAUUUCCGAAGCAGUAUUAUUUGACUGUCUUUGAUGGAAAUCUGGAAAAAUUUACCUUUAUAAAAAGUGUUUCAGAAAUUUCUGGAUUACAUUUUGCGACCGUCUUUAGAAGAAAUCUGGGACAAUACAGAAGCUGUUUCGGAAAUUUCUGAAGCAACAUUUUGUGACCCUCUAUAAAUAAGUUCUGCAUGAAACCAUAAAAUAAACAGUGUUUUGGAAGUUUCCGAAACACAUUCGGUGACCCGUAUCUCUUCAGUUUUUUUGAGACAAAGUGUUUCGGAAAUUUCAGCUGACAACAUAUCUGCAGGGCAACCCGCCUCAAUACAACGGAAUUUCGAGACAUUGCUCUCAUAAAAUUUGUUUCGAAAAUUUCUAAAGCAUCAUUUGGUGCCGUCACUUUAAAAUUUGUAAAGGAUCGAUUACUUAACAUAGGGGUCUUGAGAAUUCUUUAUUUUAGCAACUUUUUUUAACUACAAGGAAUUUCCAGUUAAGUUAAAAAAUGUGUCCUCGAAGGUUAUUUCAGUCAAGGUAAAGUUUAACCGUCAGAAAUGGCACUUUAGUGAUUAAUUUCAUUUUCGGCAAAAAUUUAAAACAAGUCUUAAUUUUCAGCUGAAUUCUUUUCGUUUUAGAAUACAGUAUGUUGCCCAGUAUCCGGACACUUCAGUCUAACAUUGCAAUAACUUUCCUUUGUUAGUCGCAAGAGCUCUGAAAUUUAGCCUGAAAAAAAUCUAUUUAGUCCUUAAUAUGACAAAAGACAGUUUAACUUUUUUGUCUUUGUUUCCAUCAAGAAAUUAAUAUUUUUGCAGAGCUCCUAUGUUGCCCAGUAUCCGGACACAACAAUUAAACAACGUAAUUGUACAUAAAUUUCGACAGGCAAGCGACUUACAAGCUUCUCUUUUACUUGCAGAGUAGUCUGGCAAUCGAUUCCAAAAAUAUAACCUAGCAUUGUGAAAUAGCAAAUGACUGGGGUAUGGUGGGGAACGCGAGCGGUUGUUAAGUGGCAUAACACUUACUUUCUUGUCUAGGAACUUUUUCACUGAUUUGAGGAAGGCAUCCGUGGACAUGCCGAAGCCGCGGUUUUCUAGCUCAAUUAGCAAAUCUGCAAACGACUUUUUUUCUUCAAUUUUUAUUUAAAAAAAAGCUUGGGGAAGGGACCUCAAUGCGACGGUUAAAGGUCACUCUCUUAUUUAGUCUGACCUGCAGUGUUGAUUUCUUCAUGCUCAGUCCCUACAGACCCUACAAUAAGCCUGCUUUUCUAGCACUAAUUCCUCCUUCUUUCACAUCUCUCAAUCCCUUUAAUUUGUGACAUUUUUCAGACAGUUGCAAUCCCAUUCUAGCAGUCACAACUGGGGAAAGUAUGAGAAUUCCAGGUUCAACUCCGACGGUUUCGAUUAUAUAUAGAAAAUGCAGUCACGCGAAACAAGCGGCGCACACGAAAUCAAGUCGCCUCUGUCGCCUCCGAAUGAGUGAAGGAAAUUUCUGUACGGAGUUGAGUAGAAUUACAUUUUACGACUAUAUCAUAUAUCCUAAGCUUUAAUUAUAGUUACAGGUAUGAAAUAAAUCUUAUCCGGAUAAUGUACACAGCUAAUUCAUCAAUUCUGUACAGCAAAGAAAAAACUGUCCGGAUACUGGGCACCUGAUAUAAUACUUAGUGAAUGUUUCUGGGCUCCGUUAUUCCAAACAAAUCGAAUUUCAAGAAGAAUUAAUAAACUUUCCGAGAACCUGACUUCUUUAAGUAUCUUCACUUUAAAUAUAAUACCGUUUCUUGGAAAAUAUCACAUAUUACCUACCCAGUUUUCUGAGCAGCACUAAUUUUACUGCGCAGUAAACAGCGUAAAUAUUAGCCAUGAAAUGUUUAUUCACCUGAACAGAACGGCGUCUUCUGUGACUGUUUCGCAAGCUUUCAACUCGCCCAAACCUUUAUCUUAAAGCUGACAUGUUCAGCUUUCAUUCAAAAUACUUCGUUUACCGAUAGCUGAAAAGGGCGCCUCAAAAAUUGAGUUUUUGUUUUAAGUGUCCGGAUACUGGUACCGUCCGGAUACUUGGCAACAUACAUGUAUUUUAGUUCACUUUAGAACGUGUUCGACCAAUUCAUGACAUGCUUAGAAUAAUCAUGUUAAAUAUAUUUACUUAUCGUUACUUAUGUUCACUCAGCUGUAAUGCCCAUCACGUCCGUUUACCAACCUCUGCAAAAUAUUUUAGCCUGGUCUAUUAUAUAAGUCCCAUCCGCGAGGUUCUUUAAGCAGUAGUCAAGCUUUUUCUGUGGAUACCAAGGUAUAAUAAGACAACAGGUAUUGUACUCUCACACAGUUUGUUACCGCUCUUAAUCAUCACAGGUGAUAACUCUUUUAAUACCAUCGCGUGAAAACUUUUAAUUUUUAAUUAACAGUUCCUCCCCAAUAAUUGAAUCAAUUUCAAAGGGAUAACAUGACUAUCAUGCAAUUAGAGCGAUCAAUUCGGAGAAAAGUUACCAUAAGCCAUAAUCUAUCAUAGUUUUAGUCACGUGCACUCAAAUAAUUGAACAGUUCUUAACGAUAAGAACUGGAAAAAAAAUAAUAUGUAGAUUUAGCCAGGGCUAUAAGCGAAGCUCCCAUUAAUAAAUUUGUAAUUUAAAUCAAACAGUAAACUUGUAAUACACAAAACAGUUAACUUAAGGGCACAAAUGUGACUUUUUAGGGAAAGCUAAGGCUAAGUGAUUUAGAGUGAAAAAAAAAUCUUACAUCGAGUUGAUAGCCUUAUGUGUACACCCAAAAAUUAGCAAUCAUUUUCGAUCACAUUUAAGAGCCAUAAUGGCCCUUGAUCACAGUAGAUUAAGCCUGGAAAACGAAUUCUUGGAAAACAAAUCAGGCCUAAUUUUUUGCGUUCGACAAUGAAGUUUACUUAACAAAAUCUUGCCAACAAAUCUGGGUGCGUGUAAACCAACAUUUCAUACUUUUUAUACAUCACAUCUGAGGUGAAACAGUAAUAUGAGGCGCUGUUUUUAUCAUACAGACCUCAGACAAAAUGCAGUAUUUCACAAUUUUUCAAGACAAAUUGCAUUUAUUCAAUAUUCACAGGGGCACCCAACGGCAAUUUUCGGAAAAUAUCAGUUCGGAAGACAAUUUGAGAUCUAGAAUUUUCGGAACAUUUGUUGUAAAAUUUCUUGCUUGCCUGCCUCUCCUAGGAUUUUCGAACAUCUACAAAAUGGUAUAAUUUUGUAUACCCAUUUUUAACGGAUUUUUACCCUAAAAAAGGCCAUCUAGAAUUUUCGGGAGCCUUUUCGUGGCUGAAAUUUUCGAAAAGGUAAGUUUUGAUCCCUAUAAUUUUCGGAUCACUAGACUUUCAGCUAGGAAAUCCGAACAGAUGAAAAGUUUUUAGGGGAUAAAAUAUGCCUAUAUCUACCGUUUAAAGACUAAAAUACGUUCAACAAUGCUAUGUUAACUGGUUUUGAACUAUAUCCUCGUUGGGUGCCCCUGAAAUGUCUUAACUCAAGAGGUCCAAAGUACAUUGCCGAUUUUCUGAAUUUAAGAGAUGUAUGUUAUAAUCUAAGUCCGGUAAGGGAAGUAACUUGGUGCAGCCUCAUUGUACAGCUGAGUGGAUGUAUCAAUCCUUUUCAAUAGUUUUCAUUUAUAGCUUGCAAGUUGUGGAAUAAACUCCUGCUAUACAUUAGAAACUCUGAUAAUCUUAUUAUGUGUUCAAAAAGGCUGUUCAAAAGUUCAAUUUAGAAUCUUAUACUACUAGUGUUGUCUUGAAUAUGUUAAUAAGUUAUUUCAUCUAAUCUAUUUUAUUCUUUGCUAUCAUAGCUUGGCUCUUUUUUAAAUGACAGAUUUUUAUAUAACGACAUUUUUAUGUAAUGGAUGUUAUACUGUCUUAAGUUUUUAAAGUUUUUUUUAAUUGUUUUUACUUUAGUUUUUGUAUUUUCUUGUUACUACACGUGCACGUUCACACGAGUUGUUAACUCUUAGGUGUUUACGUCUAUAAAAUAAAUAAACUACUUACUUAGAAUACGUACUUACUUACUUAAUUCAGAUUGCUCAUUCUCGAUUUCUAUCCGCUUUGAUAGUUCCCCCCGGGUUUCGUCCCUCGUUUACCUACCAAGAAAAAUUCUCGACUUCACCUUGUAAUUGUUUAAAAGUGAACGUCUAUUGUCACCGUUUUUGAAGGUGCCAUGUUUGAUCAGGAAAACCAACGCAGUCUCGGGAUUCUGGAUUUCACGUCGGUGGAUUCCGGAUUCCAGGUACUGCAUUCCGGAAUCUUUUUGUGGAACCUGGAAUCCUUAUUCCAAUCCUUAGCGGGAUUCUGGAUCCCUUGAGCUGUGUUCCGGAUUCCAAAGCGCAAUAUUCCGGAUUCACAGUAAAAGUUUGCUGGAUUCAGGAUAUCACAAUAAAAAAAUUCCCGGUUUCCAGAAUCCAAAUUCCUUAACAAGAGGCGAAUCAAGAAUUUUAAAGAAUGCUAGCAUUUGAAUCAUCUAGCGCUAAUAUUACCACUUACCAAUUUUUGAAGUAAUUACUGGACAAUGGUAUUUACUAGAUCAUCCUCCUCUGCUAUCGAGUUAAGGGAGUUAACCCUCGGACGUACACACAAAUUCAUACCCCCACCGUGGUGCAAGUGGGAGGGGAGGGUUUGAUGGAACCCCUCUCUUGAGUUUUUGACAUGUUGCAGUAUUUCAAAACGAUUUUGCCUUUAGCCGGGAAACCUGAAGAUGAGGUAUAUGUUGUGGGUGGUGGCACCGCUGGAGAAUUAGAAAUCAGUUUAAAACCGCAAGAAAUAUUAAUAACUUUUUGUACUUGAUAUGUAAAAUAACACAUAUUAAAAUUAGCAUUUUGCUUCAUUUUAUCCACAAUCUUUACUUUUUUGUUAAAAAAGCUGAGAAAACAUGCAUUUCACUUCUCUCAAAAAUGGCUUGACCACCUGGUACUUAUGAUGUCAUAUCUCGUAACCAUACUAACUGACCAUCACUGAACUUGUCUCAAAAUGCGUGCGUGGGAUGAACAAACAGCUACUGAAAACGUCAGGUGCUUAUGUUUUAUCGUCUAUAGGGAAAAACUCAGAGAAAUCCCUCCCCCCCCUUUACGUCCUAGGGUUAAAGGAUGGCAAUAAGAAUUCAUAUUUGCUCAAUUUUACUUUAGUGCUAGGGCUACAAGAGUUAUUGAUUAAAUAUAUGCUUGUUUUGUAAAGAAUAACAUAACUUUACUUUGUUACAUAUGGUUCCAAAUAUUUUUUUUGAUUUUUCAAAAGUAUUUCUUAAAAAUUAAAAUGUGCUUCUUGUCGUAUAAUUGUCAGAUAUCUCGAGACGCCAGUAAUUCGACAUGAAGUUUCUCUUCCAUUGUUUGGUCCUUGCAGCCACGUUGGAUCUCUGUUCCAGCCAGUGUAGAGUGGCAGAUUGGUCUAAAGCAUUUGACAAAAAGGGAUGGACGGCCUGUCAAUCAACCGAAUAUUUGAAUGGACUGUACAGAAAUGACAACUGGAAAGACAACGACGGUAUUUUCUUAAUCGAAAAUGCAAGAUGUUGUAAAGCUCCAGCACCGAAUCAAAAUCGCGCAUCGACUCACGUUAUUGCAAACUGGUGGAAAACAUUAGAUAAGUAAGGAAAGAUUUAAGCCUUUUAAAUUCUAUACAAAAAUAAUCGCGGACUAUACCUUAGCCCAGUUGCAAAGGGCCGACGCGUGGCUGCAAUAUCGAACAGUCACGCUUAUAUGAUGUAUCUGAGAUCACAGUAAUGUUGGCUUUCAUAAUUGGCCUAUUAUAAGCAACAGGCUGCGUCAAAACUGUGACGGUAUCAAAUCCUUUUGAAAAAAAUGUGAAAUAUAUAUCAACUAGAAAUACGUGUAUCGUAGAAACUCGCGAAGCUCGGGGGGAAGGGGAGGCCCAUAAAAUGUCAGGGAUGGAAGGGGGGAGAGAAUUGGAGUAAAUUGUGUAGCUUGGGAGGACGGGUUUCAACACUGGCUCUAAUAUUGAAAUGUGAGAUGUACUUAAUCUCCUUUUGGUUGGAGUAAAUCUGAACCCACUACUCUGUCGUCAAAAAUGAUUUUCUGGGACUUUAAGGAGGGCUGGUGUUGUUAAGGAAGGGUAGGCAAUGUUUCAUAGGUCCCGUGUUUACCCCAUCUGAGCCUCCUACAUGUGUAAUUAUAGUCAAAAGAAAAUACGAGGGCAGUCCCAACGAUAACUUUCGGAAAAUUAUCUGUUCGGAGGACGACUUGAGAUCUAGAAUUUUCGGAUCAUUUUUCUAAAAUUUCUUGCUUGCCUGCCUCUCCUAAGAUUUUCGAACAUAUAAAAAACGGUAUAAUUGCUCAUUUUUAACGGAUUUUUUACCCUAAGAAGGUCAUCUAAAAUUUUCGGGAGCCUUUUCUCUGGCUGAAAUUUUCGAAAAGGUAAGUUUUGAUACCUAUAAUUUUCGGGUCACUAGCAUUUCAGCUAGGAAAUCCGAACAGAUGAAAAAUUAAUAUUUUUAGGGUAUAAAAAUAUUCCUUUAUCUACCGUUUAAAUACUGAAAUACGUUCAACAAUGUUAUGUUUAAGUGGUUUCGAACUAUAUUCUAGUUGGGUGCCCCUGAAAAUGGGUGUGAUAGUGAAUAACUGCACAAAAAGACUUGGUGAUUUUUUAAAACAUAACUUAUAAGUUACGCCUUUUGUUCUUUAAGGGAACAGGUGUGGGCCAUUUGUCCCAAUGGCUACUUCCUUCAAGGAUUGUAUCGUAACAGUGGCAACUGGCUUCACAACAUAGAGGAAGGUCGCUGCGCUAGACCCAACAACUUGCCAACCGAAUGGUUGGGUUGCUAUACCUAUGAUAUAUCAUUAUCUUUCGACAAAAGAGGAUGGGCCCAGUGUGAUACGGAUUAUUAUCUUACUGGUAUCUAUAGAGGUGGUUGCGACAAGUUGUACUGUAUUGAAAAAUUGAAGUGUUGUAGUAUGUACGAUGGUUGUAAAAUGGCCAACUGGUGGCGGGGCUUUGAUAGAGAAGGAUGGGUAAAAUGUGAUUCGUCGAGCCACUACAUUACUGGGUUGUGGAGAAGUAACCACGGGAGUUCAAAUGAUAAGAUCUCUUUGUUGGAGGAAGCAAAAUGCUGCCCUGCUCCAGCGCCGGAUAAAGGCACGCCAUCGACGUGUAAAUACGCCGACUGGGUGGAACUGCUAGAUGGGUAAGUAUAACAGAUUAAAUAUAAUAUAUAGAUUUAGCCAAGGCUAAAAGCGAAGCGUCCAUUUUUAGACUUUUAAUUAGAUAAUUACUUAAAGGGAACCUCCACUUCAACAAAAAUAUAACUUUAAAUCACAGGAAAUAAUUGUUACAGUCAAGUCAAUCUAAAAUAUUUUUAAAGAAAGCGUUUGUAUCCGAAAGAAAUAACUUUUAGAUUCGCCUAUUUUUGUUUUCAAAUUUUGCGGGCGUCGCCAUCUUGAAUAAUUGUGACGUUUAAUGGUUGCCCUAUUGUUAUUAAACAAAAGCUCUUUGUGUCAGAACAAUAGAGCAACCGUAACACGUCACAAUUAUUCAAGAUGGCGGCGCCCGCGAAAUUUGAAAGUGAAAAUAAGCGAUUUUAAAAUUCACUUUUCCUGAUAUAAACACUUUUUUAAGGACAAAUUUCGAACAAAAUCGUUUAUCAACAUAAUUUUACUCGAUUUAAACUUAUUCUGUAGUAAGAGUGGAGGUUCCCUUUAAAACGAAUAAGGCUCAAUAUCUUCCAAUCCAGAAAUCAAUACUGAUUUUAAAACAAAAGUUAUAAAUCAAAUUCGAUCACAGUAACAGGGAAACGAAUUCUUACCCAUACGUGUGAAGCUUAUUGCCCAUGAAAUUUAUUGUCUUCUGGUUGUCAUUCACGAAACUCUUUGGCUGCGUCCAGUUCACUCAGAUAGGUCAAUCUUUCCGUCUGAAGGAGAUUCUACCAAAUGUUAAAUUAGGCCGAUUUUUGUGUUAGAAUAUGUUUUCUUUGCAAAAUCGAACCGACAAAUAGUUAAGUGUAACUACAUGUACCCUGUAGAUUAUGCAUCACAAUGUCUGAUACCCAGUAAUCUUUACUAUAAGUUCGACUUUUUGUUUCCUAAAAGACCCAAGAAGGUUGAUAAACUUAUUUAACAUUUCCCCCUACGAAUAACUAUAAUUUCGUAGUCUACACAACUGCCCUUUACGUGUUGUGUGUUUUUAAUAUAUAAUGCGGCUAAAUGUGCGCUAGACGUAAACUACCGCAAAGUCACGAGUCUGAAUAUUAGACAAAUCUUAAACGUUCUUUUUUUUUCGGCGAGGAGGAACAAUGAACACAGGCGCAAAUCACACUCCAUGUGCCUAAACUAUUUUCAGACUAUUUUCACGCUUCAUCCAGGCACAGUCCAGCUGACAGUCCGCGUAAGGAGAAAAAGCUACAUUAAACCUUGCAAAAUUAUGACUGACAAUCAAAACAUGAAUAAAACUUCAAUGAAAGAUGUACAACAACAACGUUUUUAUCAGACAGCAAGUCUGAGAGUGACGAAAUGUUUCCGUAAACCGUGAUUUCUUUGUACUGUGUUUGUUUGUUCGUUUGUUUUAGCCGGCGUUUGGCGUUUAAAAUAGAUGAACGAGUCUCGAAGCAAGAUUUUCGCUAAUGAUCGUUAUUUUUUACCGGCAACCAUUACAACUGGGUAUUCUCUAAAACCUUUCUCUUUCCAUUUGCAACCAGAAAAUUAAUUUAAGCUUGUGUGAGGCCAUUGAAAUCGUCAGUCUCUGUCUCAAAUCUUUUCAGAUCUCUAAUACUGCAUGUUAUGGCAUGAAAUAAUUACGCCUGACUUUACAAAACUAAAACGAGGCAAAAACUGUAAUAAUUAAUCAGGAUAACCCUGUAUGUAGCUCCUGGGGUCACUUGAUUCCAUCCACCAAACUGACAUCCUCCUCUCACAAGACAUUUCACUUUUCUUAUAUGAAAUUUCUUGAUGAAAUGUUCAUAAAAGUCAAAGUGUCUUCAAUUUUUACGAAAAAAAUAAUUCAGGAUAGAAUGAGUAGGAUUCGAACUCGGAGCAUCCAAUCUGGAGUGCAUCACUCUAACCCCUACACCACCGAGGAGUUGGUGACGAAUACUAGUUUGAUUUAAAUGUAUAACCCUAACCCUAACCCAAACCCUAACCCUAACCCUACUUUGUGUACGAAUCAUUAAUGUGUCAACGUCAGUUUGGCGGAUUGAAUUAAGUGUAGGCCCACUUGGUCAAGCGAGGUAAAAAAAACUUUUCCUCUACUCUGCUGUAAAAUCCUGCAUGCUCAACUUUCACUUUCGUUGAAAUUCCGUUGUGAAGCUUUUCUCAAGCAAAACUAAAUAAACAAAACAGAUUCGAAUAACAGAAGAAUCUUGACAACAGCUGUAUAAUUUCAUUUGUUGGCGGCCGGUGGAAGAACACGAAGACUAAAACUUUGAAAUGUUAAAAACAUCCCGCAUGAACUAUCACAAAGGCAGCCAUUGAUGCUCUUUGCGACACUUUCCUCGACGAAACCCAAAACCAGAAAUAGAAACUCGACAGCAGUUGUAUUCCAUUUUGUGUCGGUAGGAUCCGGACAAGAGCACGAUAAUUUUAAAAGUUAACUGAAAUGAAAAAUAGGCUCCCGUUAUUGGCAAGUCAGUCAGCAAACAAUUUUCUAGAUGUUGCAUAUUAAGUUUCCAUUCAUGAAUCAACCUGUCAAAAUUUUUACCAAGUAGGGAGGGGGUAGACUUGUUCCUGGCGUGUUACCAAGCAUAAAGCAAUGAAGAGCUUAAGAAAUAUAUUUGCGGAAAUGUUGUCGUAAGUUUAGACUGCUUUGUGUUACGGGCUGCCAUCUUGCAUGAGUGUCAAAACUACUUAGGGGGCGGGAGCGGUUUGGGAGGAAGCGAGAAAAAUAGAGGGACUGUAACAACAUCACUGCAGCUCGCGUUCAGGAGGCUUGACAGGAAUUUCACGCCUUUUACCAUUCAUUAAUUAAGAAACUCCGCUGGUGAUGAAAAAAACAUGCCAGACACAUUUAGCAUCGAUUACAAGUGUUUACAAAUAUCUCUUUGCAAAACAGUGAUUUUAUAAUGUUUCUGGGCCAUUCCUCGAAUUAAAAUCGGCAAACAUGCACAAGAAAACAUUUUCCUAAUCAAAAUACCAAAAAUCCUUCGUGUGUUUGCGCAAGAUGUGCCUUAUGGAAUGAAAGCGUACGUUUUAUGGAAACUUCGACUUGUCAACGUCUUGUCAAUGUCGGCAACUUAGAUUAACCCGUUGUCAACGCAAAUUAAUAUCUAUUGUCUAAUGACCAAUCAAACGCCUGCGUUGCUGGUACAACGCGCUCCGUGAACGCUAGCUGCAGUGAUGUUAUUACAGUCCCUCUAUUUUUCUCGCCCCUCCCCCCCCCCCUCCAGAGCUAUAAUCCCCGACGCCCGCCCCCUCGGUACAUUUGAAAAUCAAGAUACUCGUGACGGUAAGACGCGGCAUAUCUAAACGAUCUCACGAAAAAAUAGGGGACUGUGAACAGUCUAUCGUAAGUUGGACACAAGAAACUUCGAUCAAGAUUUUUACUCGUCCAAAUGCGUUGGUUGCCCUAAAAUGGUUAAUCUUGCGCCAAAACGAAACGUAACGUACAUGUCUGGCACUCACUUCCCUACGAUACUGAGUUUUUUUACCCCUACUCCCAGAAUCCUUACGGACGGUCGUUCAGGCGGACGCUGACGUCAUAACCAAAUUUUCUGCCUUCGAUAGGUUUCCAUUUUCUAUCCCUUCCCAUGAUACCUAUGGAGCUCCGCUGUGCGCGAGGACGCUCCGCUAAAAAGACAGAUUGUGUUAUUUUCGGAUUAAUUCUUAUCUAAUAUCUUAUCUAAUAUUUUUCUGGUAUAACACUAUGGUAUUAUGGCAUUAUGGUAUGUUAUGGUAUUUUCUGGAGUGGUCAAUUAAGUCAUGGAUCAGUCAGAUUUUACCCUGAAUAAUGACGAGUAAAGACGACUCUCUGUUCUAGAGAAAACCUUGAAAAAUUUUAUUCGACGGAUGAACCUGACUGAAUACUUCCUGACGGAAUCCUUCCUUUACUUUACUGCCAUAACUAAUAGUACUUUCGAUACAUUUCAAUUCAUACUUGGCUGCGCGGCUUGGGGGAAUAAAACAAAAGAUGUCGUCUUCAGGCUCAGCAAUGAAUAAUACAUUUCUUUUGUUUUAUUCCCCCAAGCCUCGGAGCCAAGUAUGAAUUUUAAUAGAUCAAAAUUGGCGUAUUACUGAAUCUGAAUUAACAGCUCACGUUCUCUUUCUUUUGACAGCACGAACGUGUGGGCUAAUUGUCCUGACGGUUACUUUAUCCAAGGUUUCUAUCGAAGUAGCGGUGAUUGGUUGAAAUCCAUCGAAAGCGGCAGAUGCUGUAAGCCAAAAACAUUACCAGACAGAUAUGAGAGUUGCUACUCAGAAGAUAUCGUGGGAAAGUUUGAUAACAUCGGGCUCAGCAAGUGUAAACAAAGUGGUUACUACGUGGCUGGUAUAUACAAGGGUGGAUGCGAUAAGCUUUACUGCAUUGAGAAGCUGAAGUGUUGCAAAAUGAAUGUUGGUAUGUUAUAGCUGACAAAUAAAGUAAGUAAGUAAUUUUUCCAGUAUAAUUCCUUUCAAGAAACCCACGGCAAAGUGGUCGAGUGGCUAAGGUGCUGGAGUUGCAAGUUCAUGUCCCGCCCUGACCGAUUGCUGGAUUUCGAUCUUCUCGAAACUCCCGAGUUCAAAUCCUCGGCCAUGCGCAUGCUAAUCAAUAGCCACCUGGUUUGCCUCCGGCCAGUUGAGUUUCAGGGCUAUAAAUACUGCCGAGGGGUAAAUAAUUGAAAGGAUUAUGAUAAUAAUAAUAAUAAUUAUUAUAAUUAUUAUAUUUAUUAUUAUCAUAUUAUUAUUAUUUUCAACAGCUAUGUUCUGUUUAAAAAACGAGCAAGAGUGUAUUAUCAGGUUUAAAAACUUGAGGCGAAGGGGAGAGUUUUUACACCUGAUAAUACAAGACUGCGAGUUUUUUAAACGGCUUCGAAAAUCGAAAUCUCUGAUUUUGAUCUAGACUGCAAAACAGUCGGUUUUUUCCUCAAAAUCAGUAAAGAAAUCGGUAAAGCGUGGCGUAAGAGUCUUAUGCGCGCGAACCGCGCGAGCCUCUGUUUUCAGCCUCGUUCCACACCUUUUGUUUGACUGCUCGCUCGUACUUGAAUACGCAAAAAUACGGACUGUUUUGCAGUCUAAUUUUGAUCAAGCCAUAUGAAAUUCUUGCACUAAAAUUUAGAUUUGGGGUUAAUUUGGUCUAAGAAAAAUUGGACGUAAAGUUUAGCCGUGUCUUUAUCAAAUAUAAGGACGCUCAUUAAACAUUAAUUUCUUUUGUUUUUUCUUUAUAAACGGCGUUAAUGAGUUUUUUUUGAUUAUGAUUACUUUCAACAGCUAUCUUGAUUUUUUGUGCUUUUAACAGAUGAAUGCAGACUUUCCAAACCCUGCAAAAACGGUGCAACAUGUACCGACCAGCCAGGAAGUUACAGCUGCAAAUGUACAUCUGCAUACUCUGGCAAAAACUGCAACACAGGUCAGAACAUGAUCCGUUGAUUGAAAUUGGGUUAGAUUAUGGAGAACACAACAAUUAUGGUGGCAAUACUGAAUUUUGCAAAAAAAAUCAUUUAUGUUUUAGACGUUAACGAGUGCUGGGACAACCCAUGCAAGAAUGGGGCAAUCUGCGUAAACCUUAAGGGAAGUUAUCGCUGCAAUUGCAAAUCUGGUUAUACUGGGAAGGACUGUGGAACAGGUAUGGGCUUAAUAAGCACCUCUUUAUUUCGGAUUUGUUACAGUAUUCUUGGAGCCACACUCUUAAACCCAAUUAAAUCAAUCAGUGGAAAACAGGAAUAAGCACGAAUAAGAUGUAAGACGCAGUUUUAAGUGAAAUAAACAAACUGAAACUGCGAGGGGCUUCUCUCUGUUUUGAGACAUCCUGUUUGAAUUGCGGAACAAACUUUUACUGCCGUUUAAACUGAAUUCUUGUUUCAGACAUCAACGAGUGUACGAAAAAUCCAUGCAAGAACGGGGCAACCUGCGUAAACCUUAAGGGAAGUUAUCGCUGUGAUUGCAAAUCUGGUUAUACUGGGAACAACUGUGAAACAGGUAUGGGCUUAAGCAUUUCUUUAUCAACUGUUUUUGGAGCAAUUAGCCCACUUUCCCUCGAGGACUUGUACCUUGAUCUUCAAAACACCAAAUUACUGAAUGGUAUGGCCUACCUUACACUGCACGAAAGUAUGGACUAAUAAAAACAAGGGAAGAGGGGUUUCUCUCCGUUUUGAGACAUCCUGUUUGAAUUGAACAAAUUUUUACUGCAGUCUAAACUGAAUUCAUGUUUCAGACAUCAACGAGUGCAAGGAAAAGCCAUGCAAGAACGGGGCAACCUGCGUAAACCUUAAGGGAAGUUAUCGCUGCAAUUGCAAAUCUGGUUAUACUGGAAAGAACUGUGAAACAGGUAUGGGCUUAAGGAUCUCUUUAUUUCGGAUCUGUUACAGUAUACUUGGAGCCACACCCUUAAACCGAGGAAAUAAUCAGUGGAAAAUAGGAAUAAGCACGAGUAAGGUGUAAAACGCAGUUUCAAGUGAAAUAAACAAACCGAAACUGCCUAAUUUUUUAUGUCUAAAGUCCAAGAAAACAGCCUACAAAUUAUCGAUUGGUAAAAUUCACGAUUGACGAAAAAGCAGUCCUUAAAAUGAAUAAAGCAAAAAUUUUCAACUUGUUUAUUUAUUUGGAAACAUGUCUUGACUGUUUUAACUGCCCAAUAAAUUUACAACACUUAAGUUUUACUCUGAAAGCGCAAGCCUUACAGCCUUAUAGUAAAAGAUGGAAGUUAAUUUUGCUGUGAUCAACUGUUUAUUGGGCAAAUAGCCCACCUACCCUCUGGGACUUGUACCUUGAUUUUCAAAAUACCAAAUUACUGAAUGGUAUGGCCUUACUGUUACACUGUACGAAAGUUUGGAUUACUAAAAACAAGGGAAGAGGGGCUUCUUUCCGUUUUGACACAUCCUGUUUGAAUUGUGGCAUAAACUUUUACUGCCAUCUGAACUGAAUUCAUGUUUCAGACAUCAACGAGUGUACGGAAAAUCCAUGCAAGAACGGAGCAACCUGCGUAAACCUUAAGGGAAGUUAUCGCUGCAAUUGCAAAUCUGGUUAUAUUGGAAAGAACUGUGAAACAGGUAUGGGCUUAAGCAUCUCUCUAUUUCGGAUCUGUUACAGCAUACUUGGAGCCACACUCUUAAACCCAAUUGAUAAUCAGUGGAAAACAGGAAUAAGCACGAGUAAGAUGUAAAACUCAGUUUUAAGUGACAUAAACAAACCGAAACUGCCUACCUUUUUAUGUCUUAAGUCCAAUAAAACAGCCUACAAAUUAUCGAUUGGUGGAAUUCACGAUUGACGAAAAAGCAGUCGUUAAAAUGAAUAAACCAAAGAUUUCAACUUGUUUAUUAAUUUGGAAACAUGUCUUGACUGCAUGUCUUAAUUACCCAAUAAAUUUACAGCAAUUAAGUUUUACUCUAAAAGCGCAAGCCUUACAGCGUUAUAGCAAAAGCUACAAGUUAAUUUUGCUGUGAGAGUCUUUUGAAGCAAAUAUCCGAGCUUCCCUAUGGGAAUUGUACCCUGAUCUUCAAAACAUCAAAUUACUGAAUGGUAUUGCCUUAUACGUAUACACUGUACACCAAAGUUGUAAUACUAAAAACAGGGGAAGAGGGAACUCUCUCCUUUUUGAGACAUCCUAUUUGAGUUGACUUUUAUUGCCUUUUAAACUGAAUUCAUGUUUAAAACAUCAACGAGUGUACGGAAAAUCCAUGCAAGAACGGGGCAACCUGCGUAAACCUUAAGGGAAGUUAUCGCUGUGAUUGCAAAUCUGGUUAUACUGAGAACAAUUGUGAAACA